AGUCUUGCUUUAGACUUCGUGUGAAGUACAACUCCGAAUAAUAGCUUAGUUGUGGACUCGUAAGUAGUGCUCGGUUUAGAAAUAGAAAAAAGUGAACUUAGUGUGAGUGUAAUUGGUUUUUAAGCUAAGUGAGCGUAAGAGUGCAAGUGCAAUUUAUUUUGGCAAAAGUCUCUCUAAGUUGGUUCCUUACCUCACCUCUCACUCUCUGUGGCCCGCUACAAAGCUAGUCUAUGAAAGAGUAUUUUGUGAGUGUGUGUGCAAAUUAUACUCAAAACUAGUGGCAGCAGGCGUUUGAAUAGAAAACAAAAAAUAACAAUAUAGAGGAAAUUAGUUAUUCUCUUAAAAAAACUCGCGUACGCUAAACUCUCUACAAAGUAACAUCAACAAAUUCGUUGAUUUCUUCGUCGUUUAAACGGUCGGUCGUUUCUACGUUUACACGUUACGUUUCAAAAAAAAAAAAAAAAAAUAAAGACCAAACGCUGACGUAAGCGUCAACAUCAUUCCCAAACAACUACAACAAUAUCAAGAAGAAAAGACAAAAAUAGAAGUAGUUUGUAGAAGAAUAAAUUCGCAUUUCGUAACCCAAACGUAUUUGCACACUUCUACUUAUAUCUCUCUACUCAACUUCAUUAUUGUAUUCAUCAUUAUUAACUAUUGUUGACGUAAUUAUCUCGUUUGUAUCUCGAUUUCUUCUUGUGCCGUAGUUUUCUUUUCGAUAUAUAUUUUUUUUAUUCUAUUUGGAAUUUUGAUGUGCGAACACAAGUUCAUCGUGUGGCAUUACGAGUCUAUGUAGUAAAUGCUUUUUGUUUUAACAAUUUGCCAUUAACAACGACAGCUAGUAAAAAGUUUAUUUAAAAAUAUUUAAUAAUUAAACAAAAAAAUUGCAACAAAAAAAGUCAUAAUAAUUAUAAUUAUGUGUUUUUACAACAAUUAAUAGUUAAUUUAAAAUCAUUACUUCAUAAAGGAGAGAUAAUCGACCAAACAAUACAACUUAAAGUGUUUAUUCUUAUUGUUUUUCUUCAAUUUUGUGUAAAUAAUUAAAUUAACAUAAAAAUAUUACAAAAAAAAAUAACAAGAAAAUAAAAAAUAAUUAAUCAUAAAAAAUAAAAAAAAUACAUUAAAUUUAUUUAUUUAAAAAAUCAUAAAAAGAUAAAUAAUAAAUAAUUAAGAGAAAUAAACAACAACCGAGAAAAAAACGGACUUCAAGCGUAAAUAUUAAUGCAUCAAGGAUUUUUCAUACGAAGAAAUGUUUAACAACAACAUUUAGCAAAAAUGAAAAUAUUUUUGCCACUAGUCACGUGGAUAGUGCUACUUUCGAGUACAGUACAUUCACAACUACAACAACCACAAUUAUAUACACAAACACAAUUAUCGCCAUUUAAAACAAAUUUAAAAAGUAGUCGAUUUCGUAACGAAGUAUUUUUUCUAAAUUUGGAAGAUGGCUAUUUUGGUUGUCAAGUAAAUGAGUCAACCGACUAUUUACAAUUAUACGAAUUAUCGAAAUUAUGCGACGGCAAUCAAGAUUGUUAUCUUGGUUCCGAUGAGCUUAAUAAAGAGCUUAAAUGCACAAAUGACUGUGAUAAAGAUGGCACUCAGUGCACAAAUGGUGUGUGUCUAAACGGUGUCUGCCAUUGUAAUGAUGGCUGGGGUGGUUGUAAUUGUAACGUUCAAGAUGAGAACGAAUGCAAAUACCGUCCCUGUGAUGUAUUUGCACACUGUACGAAUACACUCGGCAGUUUUACGUGUACCUGUUUUCCUGGCUAUCGUGGUGAUGGUCUUCAUUGUGAAGAUAUCGAUGAAUGUCAAGAUCCACAAAUAGCACAGCUCUGCGUUGAAAAUGCCGAAUGUUGCAAUUUACCAGCACACUUUUUGUGUAAAUGUAAAGAUGGCUAUGAAGGCGAUGGUGAAGUACUAUGUACCGACAUCGAUGAGUGCCGAAAUCCUCAAGCUUGCGGUCAAAAUGCCCAUUGUAUUAAUACACCCGGUAAUUACACAUGUACCUGCCCCGAAGGCUUUUACGGCAAUCCCUACGAUGGUUGUCAUGAUAUCGACGAAUGCAGUAAUGGUAAUGUCUGUGGUCCUGGCGCCAUAUGCACUAAUCUGGAGGGCGGUUAUCGCUGCGACUGUCCUGCAGGUUAUGAAGGCGAUGGACGUUCAGAAACUGGCUGCAUUGACUUUGAUGAAUGUGCCCGUUCGCCAUGUGGACGUAAUGCUCAGUGUUUGAAUACAGACGGUAGUUUCAAGUGUCUGUGUCCUGAUGGUUAUUCUGGUGAUCCGGCUCAAGGUUGUGAAGACGUCGAUGAAUGCUCUAUUAACAAUCCAUGUGGUUUGGGUGCUGAAUGCGUGAAUAUGGGCGGUAGUUUUGCAUGUCGUUGUCCGCCUGGUUUUAUGCUCGAAAAUUUCGCAUACGAUGAUCGUAAUACAACAACGGCUACUUUGCUUGAAACAACACACAAUACACCUACAACAAAUACAGAUACAGAAAAUACAGCUUUAUUAGUGGCCAAAACUGGUGCCGGUUUGGCUUGCAUAGAUGUAGACGAAUGUAACAUGAAUGAUGGUAUCGCUAAAUGUGGCACCAAUGCUAAGUGCAUUAAUUUUCCUGGCUCAUAUCGUUGCUUGUGUCCAAGCGGCUUUCAAGGCCAGGGUUAUUUGCAUUGUGAAAAUAUCAAUGAAUGUCAAGAUAAUCCUUGUGGCGAAAAUGCUGUUUGCACUGACACAAUCGGUAGUUUUGUGUGUAAUUGCAAACCCGAAUAUACCGGCGAUCCCUUCCGCGGUUGUACAGAUAUUGACGAGUGUUCGACUUUGGAAAAACCGUGUGGUACCCAUGCUAUCUGCGAAAAUAAGGAACCUGGUUAUGAAUGCAAAUGCCCUCAAGGUUUUGCUGGUAAACCAGAUGCUAAGACUGCCUGUGAGCAAGUGGAUGUCAAUAUCCAAUGUUCCAGUAACUUCGAUUGUACCAAUAAUGCUGAGUGUAUAGAAAAUCAAUGUUUCUGUUUGGAUGGUUUUGAACCUUUGGGAUCCAGUUGUGUGGAUAUCGAUGAAUGCCGCACACAUGCUGAUAUUUGUGGAGUACAUGCUCAGUGUACAAAUACACCUGGAUCAUAUAGGUGUGAUUGUGAGGCUGGUUAUGUGGGCACUCCCCCUAGAGUUGGCUGCAAGGAACCUUGUGAGGAUGUUCACUGUGGUGAGCAUGCUUAUUGUAAACCAGAUGGUAAUGAAGCAUACUGUAUCUGCGAGGAUGGUUGGACAUUCAACCCUAGUGAUGUCGCCGCUGGAUGUGUAGAUAUUGAUGAAUGUGAUACGGUACAUGGUCCUUUUGGCAGUUGUGGCGUUAAUGCCACUUGCACCAACUCACUGGGAAGCUUUUCAUGCUCUUGUCCAGCCGGAUUUUCAGGAGAUCCUCUUACAAAAUGUGUAGAUGUAGAUGAAUGUAGAACAGGCAACAAAUGCGGUGAAGGUGCUGAAUGCAUUAAUAUGAAUGGUGGCUAUACCUGUAAAUGUCCCGAAGAUUCUAUACCAGACCCUGAUCCUACAGUAAAAUGUGUUCCGAUUGUAACCUGCAUCGAUGACAAUGAUUGUCCUGGCAAUGCUGUAUGUGAUCCAGCCAAGAGAUGUUUAUGUCCCGAACCUAAUAUUGGUAAUGAUUGUAGACAUCCUUGUGAAUUCAAGAACUGUGGUGCUCAUGCCCAAUGUAUGUUGGCCAAUGGUCAAGCCCAAUGUUUAUGUGCUGAAGGUUUCACUGGCAGUCCAGAAACACCUGGUGGUUGCAAUGAUAUAGACGAAUGCAAAGCUAAUCCUUGUGCUGCAAAUGCUGUUUGUUCAAAUACACCUGGUGCUUAUCUCUGCCAAUGUCCCAGUGGCGCAUCGGGAGAUCCUUAUCGCGAAGGUUGUGUUACUCCUCGUGCCCCAGACACCUGUUCUGAUUCCAAUCCUUGUGCUCCUGGCGAGUCUUGUGUACCAGAUUCAUAUACUGGCACCAGCGUUUGUAUCUGUCGCCAGGGUUAUGAACGUAAUCCAGGUACCGGUCAAUGUCAAGAUAUCGAUGAAUGUUCCCCUACUCGAGCCAAGCCCGCCUGUGGUUUGAAUGCUUUGUGUAAAAAUCUUCCCGGCAGUUACGAAUGCCGUUGUCCUUCCGGUUUCAAUGGUAAUCCCUUCGUUAUGUGCGAACAAUGCAAUUCCCCAGAAUGUCAGUGUCAAGCUCCUUACAAAUUGGUAGGAAACAGUUGCAUUUUAGCCGGUUGCUCUAAUGGCGGCGAAAAAUGUCCCAACGGCGCCGAAUGUAUUUCGAUAGCUGGAGGUGUUAGUUAUUGUGCUUGCCCCAAGGGUUACAAAACAAUGUCUGAUGGUUCCUGUGUUGAUGUAGAUGAAUGCUCCGACCCUGGCAGCAAAGCUUGUGCAUAUGGAGCUGAAUGUAUAAACAAACCUGGUUCAUUCUCCUGCAUUUGUCCCGAUGGCUAUACUGGUGAUGCUUACAAUGGUCAAUGUUCACCAGCUCAACGUAAAUGUGCCGCCGACAAGGAAUGUAAUACUAAUGAAAAGUGUGUGCAACCUGGAGAGUGCGUUUGUCCUCCUCCCUAUUUCCUGGAUCCUUAUGAUAACAACAAAUGUAAGAGUCCUUGUGAAAGAUUCCCUUGUGGUAUUAAUGCUAAAUGUACCCCUACCGAUCCACCUCAGUGUAUGUGUGAAGUGGGUUAUAAGGGAGAUCCUCUGUUGGGCUGUACCGAUGAAGAUGAAUGUGCCCAUUUACCUUGUGCAUAUGGUGCUUAUUGCGUUAACAAAAAGGGCGGUUAUCAGUGUGUUUGUCCUAAAGGAUUCACUGGGGAUGCUUACAAGAGUGGAUGCAUUUUGGAAUCUGGUGAACCUAAAAGUUCUUGUACCACCAAUGAUGAUUGCGCUAGCAACCUGGCCUGUGUCGAAGGUACAUGUAUCAGCCCCUGCGCUAGUUUACUAUGCGGUUCAAAUGCUUUCUGUGAAACUGAAAACCAUGCUGGUUGGUGUCGCUGUCGUGUCGGCUAUGUUAAGGAUGCCGAAGGAGAUUGCGUAUCACAGUGUAAGGAUGUAAUUUGCGGUGAAGGUGCACUUUGUAUUCCUACUUCUGAAGGCCCUACCUGUAAAUGUCCUCAGGGUUAUCUUGGAAAUCCUUUCCCUGGUGGUUCCUGUUCAACUGAUCAAUGUUCUGCCGCUAGACCUUGCAAUCGUAAACAAAUUUGUAUAAACGGUCGUUGCAAAGAGAGAUGCGAAGGUGUAGUAUGUGGAGUAGGUGCAAUGUGUGAUAAGACAAGUGGAAAAUGUGUCUGUGAACCCAACUUUAUCGGUAAUCCCGAUUUGAUAUGUAUGCCUCCAAUUAAAUAUGCCGAAUGUAAUCCUCCUUGUGCUCUCAAUGCUCACUGCGAAUAUGGAUAUGGUACUGCUGUGUGUGCUUGUAAUGCCGGCACCACAGGUAAUCCCUACGAAGGAUGUGGAGCUGAAAGUAGAACAGUAUGUGAGCCUAACAGCUGUGGUCCUAACGCUGAAUGUAGAUCUGAUGGAAAUGGAAUUUCAUGCGUGUGUCCUCAAGGAUUCGCAGGUAACGCCUACGUUGGUUGCCAUGAUAUUGAUGAAUGUAUUAACAAACCUUGUGGUCAAAACGCUGCUUGUCUUAAUACUCAUGGUGGAUUUGAGUGUCUGUGUCUAUCUGGUUUCGGAGGAGAUCCCUUUACAAGUUGCCAACCAGUUGACAAUACCUUCUGUGCCGAUCCCCAUAAUUGCAAAUGUAAUGAACGUGUUUACUGCCCUGAUGGCUAUUCAUGUGAAAAUGGCCAAUGUAAAAAUCUCUGCUCUAAAAUAUCUUGUGGACCACGUGCAGUUUGCGAUUCCGGAAAAUGUUUGUGUCCCCUGGGUUAUAUGGGCGAUGCCUAUAACAAGGAAACUGGUUGCACAAUUAGAGGCCAAUGUAAUAAUGAUGGCGACUGUAAGGAUUCCGAAAUUUGUUUCCAACUUAGCAAAGGUUUACGUAAGUGUGUUGAUGCCUGCUCGAAAAUUCAGUGUGGCCCCAAUGCCCUAUGUGUCGCCAACGAUCAUCGUUCUUCUUGUAUAUGUAGUGAGGGUUACUUUGGUAAUCCAAGCAAUUUGCAAUCGGGUUGUCAACCAGAAAGAAAAGUUCCCGAUAUGGAAGAUAAAUGCAAAUCUGAUCAUGAUUGUGAAUCAGGCUACACCUGUUCAGCAGUUAAUGAAGGUUCAAAAGAAUGUGUUCACCUUUGCACAAAGGUGGUUUGUGGUACUAAUGAACUUUGUAAAAUUGAUAACAGCGGCAAUGCCAUAUGUAGCUGUGCAGACAGCUAUGUUUGGAAUCCUGUUAAAUCGGCCUGUGAGAAACCAAGCUUGCCGGAUUGUACCACUGACCAAGAAUGUCCCACCUCUUCUGCAUGUAGACCAGAUGUAGUAGGUGUUUUGAAAUGUGUUUCCAUUUGCGAUGAAUUUACAUGCCCAGCCAAUUCAGUUUGUGUGGCCAAGGAACAUAGUGGAAGAUGCGAUUGCUUGCCAGGUUUUGUGGGUAAUCCCAAUGAUCGUAACGGCUGUCAACCUAAACAAAAACACCAAUGUCGCUCUAAUGCCGAAUGUGCAGAAUCUGAAGCCUGUAUUAAAUAUGGUCCUGAAGAAAUUUUGUCCUGCAGACCUGCCUGUGAAGCAGUCAAGUGUGGUCCUCGUGCUGUUUGUAUUACCAACAAUCAUCAAGCUCAAUGUCAAUGUCCUCCUGGUCCAUUCGCAGGCGAUCCUUAUGAUCCCUUCCAAGGUUGCCAGAGUGUACCUUGUGUAUACAACAAAGAUUGCCCAACACAUCAACUUUGCAAUCGUAUGACUCACACUUGCUUCGACGUUUGUGAUCAAGAAUCAUGUGGUGAAAAUGCCAUUUGCUUGGCUGAAGACCAUAGAGCUGUAUGUCAAUGUCCUCCUGGCUUCAAAGCCAAUCCUAUUCCCGAAGUAGAGUGUACUAAAACUGGAGGCUGCACACCAGGUACCUGUCAUCAUACUGCCAUUUGUGAAGUCACUGCAGAUAAACCAGUUUGCAAAUGCCCAGAACAUUUCAUUGGCGAUCCAAUUAAGCAGGGCUGUCGUCCAGAAGGUCAGUGUCCCAAUGGAGAUGCUGAUUGUCCAGCUAACACUAUUUGCGCCGGUGGUCGUUGUAUUAAUCCAUGUGAUAAUGCUUGCGGACCCAAUUCUGAAUGCAAAGUAGUAAAUCGUAAACCAGUAUGUUCAUGUCCUUUCCGAUUCCAACCUAUAGCUGAGUCUGCCAAAGAAGGUUGUGUUCGCUCCGUAUCAAGAUGUUCUUCGGAUGUUGAUUGCGGCGGUGAGGUUUGCUACAAUGGCGAAUGUCGUGUUAUAUGCCGCGAAAAUAACGAUUGUUCCUCUGGAGAAGCUUGUGUACAAAAUGUUUGUGUUAUAUCAUGUUUAGAUCACAGUCAGUGCGGACCUGGUUUAGCUUGUCUUAAAGGCGUAUGUUCUAUAGGUUGUCGCAGCAAUAAAGAUUGUCCUUCCGAUCAGUCUUGUAUUAACAAUAAAUGUGCCAACCCAUGUCAAGCGGGAGGUGUAUGUGGACCUAAUGCUUUAUGCAACAUUGACAAUCAUCGCAGUCACUGCUCCUGUCCAGAAGGUUUUGAAGGCAAUCCUACACCCGAGCAAGGAUGUGUUAGAGUACCAGCUCCUUGUCUAGCAACCAACCAAUGCCCCAGUGGUCAUAUGUGUAUUGGCAACCAGUGUAAUUUACCCUGUCAAAAGACUUCAGUCUGUGCUGUGGGAGAGCGUUGUUACCAACAAGUAUGCCGCAAGGUCUGCUACACUAGUAAUAAUUGCUUACCCGGAGAAAUUUGUAACAACGAUGGUACUUGCCAACCCGGCUGUGACUCAGACGCAGAUUGUCCUCCUACAGAAUUAUGUUUAGGAGGUAAAUGUAAAUGUGCUCAAGGCUUCAUUGGCACUCCUUUCGGCUGUGCGGAUAUUGAUGAAUGUACUGAAGCACCUUGCCAUAAGUCCGCUAAAUGUGAAAAUGUCCCUGGCUCCUUCAAAUGUAUCUGUCCUGAAGGUACUGUUGGUGAUGGUUAUGUAAAGGGUUGCUCAGCCCCCAAAGAAUGUUACAAAAAUGAAGACUGCUCAACUGCUUUGGCCUGUAUUAAUGAUAAAUGUUCAAAUCCUUGUUCGGCUACAUCAUGUGGUACAAAUGCUAUGUGCCAUGCUGACCAACAUCAAGCAUUCUGUGAGUGUCCUGCAGGACAUUUGGGUGACCCCUAUGAUACCUCAGUGGGUUGUUUCAAGGUGGAGUGCAUCAAUGAUGAUGAUUGUGCCGGCGAUAGAGCUUGCGAUGAAAAAACUAAUCGUUGCAUCAGACCUUGUGAUUUGAUUAGCUGCGGUAAAGGAUCUUGCAAUGUUGGCGAUCAUAAAGCUAUUUGUACUUGUUAUGAAGGCUACCAACUAAACAAUGGAGUUUGUGAAGAUAUAGAUGAAUGUUUAAGCCGUCCUUGUCACAGCACAGCAUUCUGCCAAAACUUACCUGGCUCAUUUGCUUGUCAAUGUCCCGAAGGUUUAAUUGGUGAUCCAGUUCAUGCUGGUUGCCGCGAUCCUAAUGAAUGUUUAACUGACUCAGAUUGUCCUUCCUCGGCAAGUUGCCAGAAUUCCAGAUGUCGUAGUCCCUGCGAACGCGAAAAUGCCUGUGGAGUUAAUGCUAAAUGUCUUGCUCAGUCACACAGUGCUAUUUGUACUUGCCCUGCUAAUACCCGUGGAGAUCCUUCAAUUGAAUGUGUUCAUAUUGAAUGUACUGACAACGACGAUUGCUCCAGCGAAAAGACUUGUUUAGACUCCAAAUGUGUGGAUCCUUGCUCACUUCCAAAUGCCUGUGGAUCUCAAGCUCAAUGUACAGCACAAAAUCACAUUGGCUUAUGUUCUUGUGAAAAGGGUACCACCGGUAAUCCCCAAUUGGGUUGUGUUCCAUUGCAGUACUGUAACUCCGACGUACAAUGUGCUUCAGGUAGCAUUUGCUCCAACGGUAUCUGUUCGUCGUUAUGUUCAUCCAAUCGCGACUGUAUUGCUGAUCAACUGUGUAUACAAGGAGUAUGUCAACCUACCUGCAAAUCAAAUACUACUUGCCCUGAAUUCCAAUUCUGUUUGAACAAUAUCUGUACCAAGGAAGUAUUGUGUAGAGAAGACUCAGAUUGUGGUCCUAAUGAAAAUUGUAUUGUCGAUAACUAUGGUAGAGUCAGUUGUGAAAAUGUAUGCUUAGGUCGCGCGGUUUGUGGUCGUAAUGCCGAAUGUAUUGCUCGCAGCCAUGCUGCCGAUUGUGAGUGCAAAGAAGGCUUCUUUGGUGAUCCGAAGAGUGGUUGUCGCAAGGUGGAAUGUAAUACCGAUGAUGAUUGUUCCAAUGACAAGACUUGUGAUGGCAAUAUGUGUAAGAUUGCCUGUCUCAUUGGACAACCCUGCGGCGACAAUGCUCUCUGUACCACCGAGAAUCACAAACAAGUCUGCCAUUGCCAACCUGGUUUCACCGGUGAUCCUAAAGUACGUUGUGAUGUCAUUGAUUUCUGUAAAGAUGCCCCAUGUGGACCUGGUGCCAGGUGCCGCAAUUCUAGAGGUUCAUUUAAAUGUACUUGUCCACCUGGUCUUGUUGGCGAUCCCUACAACGAGGGUUGUCGUACUUCGGUGGAAUGUGAGACCAACGAAGAUUGUCCACCGCAUGCUGAAUGCACACAAUUGAAUGGUGUACCUAAAUGUCAUGAUGUUUGCGCUAAUGUGCGUUGUGGCCAAAAUGCGGAAUGUAUUCCGAAAGGUCAUAAAGCUCAGUGUGCAUGCCGCAAUGGUUACGAUGGCAAUCCCGCUGACCGGGUUAAUGGUUGUAAACCAUUGCCAGUACCUUGUCAAGUUACCAGCGAUUGUCCGACCAAUACAUAUUGUUCGGACAGCAUUUGUAAACCUGCUUGUGUUUUGGAUACCGAAUGUUCGAACAAUGAAAUAUGCCAAGGUGGUCAAUGUAUUGACCCAUGCUCUCAACCUCAAGCUUGUGGCAUGAACGCCCUAUGCUCAAUCGAUACUCACUUCAAACAAUGCUCUUGUCCUGAUGGUUUCACCGGCAACCCAGAAGUUGAAUGUGUCCGUAUACCAAUUGCCUGUUCAACAGAUUUGGAAUGCGGUUCAGGUUUGAGUUGUCGCGACUCUAUGUGUUUCCCUAAAUGCUCUGCUGAUCAGGAUUGUGCUCUCAACGAAAAAUGUUUAAGAGGCAACUGCAUGUUAACGUGCCGUGUCGAUAAUGAUUGCUUCUUGGGUCAUGUAUGUUUGCACAAUAAAUGCGUUUACGGUUGUCACACUGAUGACGACUGUAGCGCUUCGGAAUCCUGCCGCAACGAUAAAUGUGUUGAUCCCUGCUCUGAAAAUCCCUGUGGUCCUAAUGCUGCUUGCUCCGUAUCCAAUCACCGUGCCUCUUGCAAUUGUUUGGCUGGCAUGGUGCCAAGCCCCACAGCUCAAGUGGGUUGCGUGCGCUCACCUCCCCAAGAUUGUAAUGAAAACCGCGACUGUUCCAAUGGUUUGGCGUGCUUCGAAGCCGUAUGCCGUCCUCUGUGUGCCGAUGAUUUGGGUUGUCUGUCCAAUGAACGCUGCCAGAAUGGUGUUUGUAAACCUUUGUGCAGACGUGAUGAUGAUUGUCGCAAUAGCGAAGUAUGCUUGGGCUUAUCUUGUGUACCUGGCUGUCGUUCCAAUCAAGGUUGUCCCGAUAAUUUGGCCUGUGUACAUCAACAAUGUAUUGAUCCUUGCUCAGAUGCCCGUGCUUGUGGUACCAAUUCUCGCUGUGAAGUAGUCAAUCAUCAAAAGGUUUGCUCUUGUCCUGAAGGUUUGGUGGGUAAUGCUGAAGUUUCCUGCAAACCUCCAAUUACCACUUGUUCCAGCAAUAGCGACUGCCAAACUAAUCAAUUGUGUUAUGGCGGCAGUUGCCAGAGCAAAUGUCGCAACGAUCAGAACUGUUUGGCUGAUGAGAAAUGUAUGCGCGGUACUUGCCGCACUGUCUGCAAUACUGAUUCUGCCUGUGCUCAAGGACAAAUCUGUGAAAAUCGUAUCUGCCAAAUUGGUUGCCGCAAUGACUUGACCUGUGCUCAAGAUCAAUCGUGUAUUAACAAGCAAUGUAAAAACCCUUGUGAUACCCCCGGACAGUGUGGUCAAUGUGCCAACUGUUUGGUAGUCAAUCACGGCGUCCAAUGUAGUUGCUCUAAUGGCUUCAUCGGAGAUGGUCUCACCGGUUGUCAAUUGCCACCACAAAGAUGUAAUCCUUCGUGUCAUUGUGACGAAACUAACACUUACUGCGCUGAAACCUGUAGCCGAACUAGUGAUUGUGCUUGCGGUCAAUUAUGUUCACGUGGCAAAUGCCGCUCGAAAUGUGGUCCCAAUCGAUCAUGCCCUGUGGGUCAACUUUGCGAACGUGGAGCCUGUGUGGCUGGUUGCAAAUCCAACAGUGACUGUGCUACCGAUCAAAGCUGUGUUAAUGGUCAAUGUGCUGACCCUUGUGCUAAUAAGAAGGCUUGUGGCCGUAAUGCUUUAUGUACCGUCUCCGAACAUCGCAUGCUUUGCUAUUGUCCCGAUGGUUAUGAGGGUGAACCUAGCAAGGAGUGUAUACAAUUUGAAUGUCAACAUGAUGAAGAUUGUGAAUCGAAUAAACGUUGCGAUUCGGGCAAGUGCCGUAAUCCUUGUUUGGAAUAUGGUGCCUGUGGCAUUAAUGCUCAGUGUCGUGUUGUCGAUCGCAAGCCACAAUGUUCAUGUCCUCCCGAUUACUUUGGCGAUGCUGCCACCGAAUGUCAGCCCUUGGAAGGCGGUUGUGCCAAUAAUCCUUGUGGUGAAAACUCAAAAUGCAACGAAGUACCCGGCGGUUAUGAAUGCUCCUGCAUGGAUGGCUGUGUGGGAGAUGCUAAGAAGGGUUGCUUGUGUGAUGGCAAUAUAGUCGAUUCUUGCCACGAUCAAGUUUGUGGUCUAAAUGCUGCCUGUCAAGUUUUACCACACGACGAAGCCCAAUGUUACUGUCCCGAAGAUUUCCCCAACGGUGAUCCCUAUGUACAAUGUUUCCUAACUCAGCCACCCAAGAAUUGCCUAACCGAAGGAUGUGUUGUGGGUGAAUGUGUGCGCCAAGGUUACGACUAUGUUUGCAAACAAGACACCGAAAAAUGUACAGCCGACACGGAUUGCCCCAGUGAGAAAUCUUGCCAACAAGGUCAUUGCAUUGAUCCCUGUACUCUACGAGGUGCCUGCGGAGCUAAUGCAUUGUGUAAAACCGUACUGCAUAGACCACGUUGUUCUUGCCCAAGUUGCUUUAUAGGACGUCCAGAGGUGGAAUGCAAACCCGAUCCCAAAUGUGAAGAUGAUACCACCCAACCCAGAGACCCACAAGAACAGAUAUUGUGCGCCCAGGAUAGUGAUUGCCCAGACAAUUUGCAAUGUGGGGCUUAUGGCCAGUGUACGGAUCCCUGCCAGAAUCCCCAAUUCAUUUGCCGUGGCCACAAGAAAUGUGAGACCAGACGACACCAACCGGUGUGUGUUUGUAAGACGGGCUUUAUAGUCAAUGAGUUUGGAGAGUUGACUUGUGCACCCGAGAAACGGGAAUGUUAUCGAGAUGAUGAUUGUGCCUCCAAUAUGGCUUGCACUGAUGGCAAAUGCCGUAAUCCCUGCAUAGUGCCAGUGGGUCGUACACCCAUCUGUGCCGAGAAUAAAUCUUGUGAGGUUCAGGAUCAUAAACCGGUUUGCAUAUGCAUGAAAGACUGUCAGCCCUCGAUAUCGAUUUGUCUGCGUGAUGCUGGUUGCCCGGCUGGUUUAGCCUGUCGCAAUUAUCAAUGUGUAAAUCCUUGCGAUUUUGCUCAAUGUGCUCCCAAUUCACCUUGUAUUGUAGAGGAUCAUAAGCCGAUAUGUAAAUUCUGUCCCAGUGGAUUUAUAGCCGAUUCUCGUUAUGGAUGUCAAAAAGAAAUUGGCUGUGCUUCCAACAAGGAAUGUCCUGCUCAAAAAGCCUGUAUUAAUGCUGUCUGCACUGAUCCUUGCUCAUUGGCCAACCAUUGCGGUCCUCAGCAGGAGUGCAAGGUUAUUGAACAUCAACCGGUUUGCUCGCGUGUAUGUGAAUGUCAACGUAGAAAAGAUUGUCCAGCAGGUUUUGAAUGUGACGGCUGUCAAUGUCAUCAAGAAGGUAUAGGCCGCACACCAGUCUGUGAGCAUUGUGCUCCUGGUUAUCGCUGUGAACCCACUACUGGUGCCUGCAUACGAGAUACAAAACCUACCAUAAAUACCACCACCACUACUACUACUACUCCAAUUCAAACAACAUCAACAUCAACACCUAGUAUAGUUACCGAUAAGGAUAUAACAACGGUAACAACUACCACUACCAUUAUCACAACCUCCUCUACGUCCAAUACAACUGGACGCCCAAGCGCAUCUACACCAAAACCAAAAACUACAAAGAAAGAAGAUGAAGGUGAAGUGCCGACAACGGUAACGACGGAAGUAGAGAAAACUACAACUCCCAAAUCCAGUACUACCACUACUGCCCCAGAUGUUACAACUGUUACCGACUCUAUAGAGAGCACGACUCCUGGUAAAACGGGCUUAACUAAACAUUAUCGUGAUGGUGAAAAUGAUAUAACAGAUGCUACUACCACUACUACACCGGCAGCAAAAGUUUCCUCAACCACUCCUGCCACAGGAGAAGAUGUGAAGGGUCCCUUUGAUUAUAGAACUACACCCAAAAUGAAGACUACACGCAUAGAUACUUCCAAUGAAUUGGAUGAAUUUAAUAUAACCACACUUUUGACUACAACACCGAAAUACGAUAGCACUACAUUCCCCGUUAUGAUGGUAACAGAAGAUGCUAAAGCUAAUGACAAUCUUACCACACCUCCCACUAUGGUAACCGAAAAGUCCACUAUGUUCCCAGUGCUAACACCUGAAUCCACCACACCUACACAAGAACCAGUCACAAUGGCUGGAACUACGGUCUCCACUUCGCCCGAAAUAAUGGAACCUCUCACUACUACCACUACUAAAGAAACACUAACACCCGAUAUAACCACAUACAGACCUGCCAUUAUAGUGGAAGGACCCUCUACCAUGCAACCACAAGUGGUAGAAGACUUAACCACUACCAUGUUUCCAGUCCUAACGGGUAUGGUUACCGAAAUGUCUGAAGUUCCAGGCACAACAACAACACUCAGUUCCGUUGAUAUGGUAGUUGAAACAACGACUUCAACAUCGCCUUCACAGUUAGAUAAUAAAACUAAAAUCGGUGUCAUGGGCACCACUACCACAGAAUCAAUAAUUACUACUACUACUAUCCCUAGUAUAAGUACUACCACUCCAAGCACAUUGAUCACAGUUAUUAACACUACUUGUACAGUUCAUACUAAUUGUGCCCCCAAUCAAUUAUGUAUUCUGGGCCAGUGUCGUUUUAAGUGUCGUGGUGAUGGAACCAAUGAAAACAAUUGUGUAAAAGAAUCACCAGGUUCACCUAAAAAUCCCGAACCCUGUCGUUCGAAUAACGAUUGUAUUGAGAGUGAAGCAUGCUACAUGGGUCUGUGUCAAGAUCCAUGUGAAUUUGCUAAUGUUUGUGCUCCCACAGCCAAAUGUGUAGCGAAAAUGCAUCGACCCAUAUGCUCAUGUCCAACUGGACAUGAAGGUAAUCCCACCGUCAAAUGUAUGCCAACCGACAAAUCAAUGGAAUGUGCUCAUGAUAGCGAUUGUUCUAUAACGGAAGCUUGCAUUAAUCGUCGUUGCCAACAUCCAUGUGAUGCUCACAAUCCUUGUGCCCAAAAUGCUGUAUGUAUUAAUACCAACCAUGCUGCCGAUUGCAGUUGUACCGAUGGCUAUGAAGGCAACGGUUAUGUGGGUUGCCAACCAGCUUUCGUUCGCACACCGGUGUGUCAAUACAAUGAGGAUUGUCCACCGAACAAAUUGUGUGAUCGUUUAAAUCGUCGCUGCAUCAAUCCCUGCCAAGAAGAUUCAUGUGGUGAAAAUGCUGAAUGUAUUCCAAGCAAUCAUGGCAUCGACUGUAGAUGUUUGCCCGGAUUUGUUGGUAAUGCUUAUGUGGAAUGUACUGUUUUGCAAGGUUGCCGUUCCGAUUCUGAGUGCGAUUCUAGUCAGGCCUGUAUCAAUGGAAAAUGUUCUUCGCCUUGUAGCUGUGGAGCUUAUGCCUUGUGUGAUGUUGUUAACCAUCGCGGUAUUUGCAAAUGUCCUCCCGGUUACACUGGUAAUCCAGCUAUCGCCUGUAGUCCACCUACAAAUCCCUGCGAUCCCAAUCCCUGCGGCCUUAAUGCCUUGUGUGAAUUGGACAAUGGUAAUCCAAUUUGUUAUUGUCCUAAGGGUCUUACAGGAAAUCCAUUUAAGAAUUGCAUUCCUGAAGGAGAUGAGUGUACACCGAAUCCCUGUGGUCCCAAUUCUGGAUGCCGCAUGGUUUCUAACCAACCCAUCUGCUUCUGUUUACCGGAAUAUGAAGGACAACCACCAAGCGUUCCUUGCAAAUUGCCCUCAAAUCCCUGUGAACCCUCACCCUGCGGCCCCAAUACACAGUGUACUAUGCUCAGCAAUGGUUUCUCGAAAUGUACCUGCUUACCAGGUUAUGUCGAAAGUCCCAACACAAUUAGAGGCUGUAUUGAACCCAUUAACCCUUGUGAUCCUAAUCCUUGCGGUGUGGGUGCAAUUUGUGAUUCAACACGCAAUCCCGUUUGCUUCUGUCCAGACAACAAGGUCGGCAAUCCAUUCCGUUUGUGCGAAGAGCGUUCAGUUUCCAUAGAACUGUGUAAACCUGGCCCUUGUGGUCGAAAUGCCGAUUGUUAUGUCGCUGGAAAUCGCGAAGAAUGUUAUUGUAAACCAGGUUAUGCCGGAGAUCCAUACCAGGGCUGUCGCGAACCACCCAGAUCUGCCUGUGAACCUAAUCCAUGCGGUCCCAAUGCGGAAUGUGUGAUAGCCGGAGAUGGUCAAAGUGCUUGUGUAUGUCCUCAUGGUUUAUCGGGUGAUCCUACAUCGUUGUUGGGUUGUCACGGCUAUGAAUGUCAAGUUGAUGACGAUUGUCCCUUGGACAAGGCUUGUAUGGGCUUUAAGUGUCACGAUCCUUGUCCUGGAGCUUGUGGUCAUGGAGCCAGCUGUCGUGUCCAACAACAUCAUCCCGUAUGUUCUUGUAAUCCAGGACUUACCGGAAACCCUGGAAUUUUCUGUACCGCUAUGGAUGUUCCUAAGAAACCUAAAAAUCCUUGUUUGCCCAGUCCUUGUGGUUUGAACAGUGAAUGUAAGAUUAUGAAUAACAGAGCUGUAUGCUCAUGCUUGCCAGAUUAUUUGGGAGAUCCUCAAUCUGGCUGCAGACCUGAGUGUGACAUAAAUUCAGAUUGUGGCUCCAAUCAAGCUUGUGUCAACCACAAAUGUGUCGAUCCAUGUGCUGGUACUAUUUGCGGUAUUAAUGCUUUGUGCUCUGUACAACAACAUACUCCAGUGUGUCGCUGUUUGGAUGGAUUUACAGGUGAUGCUUUCCGCCAGUGUAUUGCCAUUGGUGUCUUACGUAACGUCUCUAGAGAUCCUUGCGUUCCCUCACCUUGUGGCCCAUCUGAUGUCUGUUCAGUUUAUGCUGACGGUGUGGCUUUAUGUGAUCCAUGCUUUGGUACCGAUUCUCAGUAUAACCCACGUUGCAGACCUGAGUGUGUUUCGAAUUCAGAUUGUCCAUUUGAUAAAGCCUGUUUAGGAUCAAAAUGUUUAGAUCCUUGUCCCGGAUCUUGCGGUCAUAAGGCUUCGUGUCAUGUCUACGAACACAAUCCUAUUUGUCAAUGUCCUCCUGGUUUAUACGGCAAUCCCUACGAACAAUGUGUAGUUCUUUUAGCAGAUAAACCAGCGCCUUCACCAAGCUGUGCUAAAUUACAAUGUGGAGCAAAUGCUGAAUGUAAAAAACAAAAUGGACUAUUGACUUGUGUUUGUCGACGUGGCUACUUUGGCAAUCCAUUCGUAGCCUGUAGACCAGAAUGUGUUUUGAACUCAGAUUGUCCUGCAGACCGAGCUUGUGUUAACUCCAAAUGUGUCGAUGUUUGCUCAGGAGUUUGCGGCAUCAAUGCUUUGUGUAAAGUGGUUAAUCACGGUCCUGUCUGUGUUUGCCCCGAAGGAUUUACUGGCGAUGCAUUCAAAUCGUGCUCUAGACAACAACAUCCACCACCCAAUCAAUACUUGCCCGUGCCCAGAAAUCCCUGUGAACCUUCACCAUGCGGCCCCAAUUCGAGAUGUCUAAUUUCAGAUGAAGGCUAUGCCGUCUGUUCUUGUUUGCCUGGCUACAAGGGUUCACCAUCAGUUUGUCAACCCGAAUGUAUAGUAAGCUCUGAAUGUCCUCUGCAACAAGCUUGUAUCAAUCAACGCUGUGCUGAUCCUUGCCCUGGUACCUGUGGCGCAUCAGCCAGAUGUAAGGUAUUAAAUCAUAAUCCAAUUUGCUCUUGUGAUGCCGGUUAUGAAGGAGAUCCAUUCGUAUCAUGUGUACCAGUACAAGAAUCGCCUAAAGAGGUAGAAAGCAGGCCAGGAAAUCCAUGUUUGCCAUCGCCCUGUGGACCCAAUUCAAUAUGCCAAGUUAAGCAAGGUAGACCAGUUUGCUCUUGUGUAGCUAACUACAUAGGAAGUCCACCAUACUGCAGACCAGAAUGUACUUUGAACAGCGAAUGUCCUUCGGAUAAGGCUUGUAUUAACGAAAAGUGUGAAAAUCCAUGCGCAAAUACUUGCGGUCAUAAUGCCAAAUGUAAUGUCAUUGCUCAUGCCGCGUAUUGCAGUUGUGAUGAUGGUUAUGAGGGAGAUGCCUUCGUUGGUUGUUCCAAAGUUGUACAAAAACCUCAAGAUCAUGUAGAUCCUUGUUAUGCCAAUCCAUGUGCCGAAAAUGCUGUAUGCACAGAGCGCAAUGGUAUUGCAAGAUGCACUUGCAUUGAACCCUACAUAGGCGAUCCCUACUCCACCGGCUGUAGACCUGAAUGUGUCUACAAUGGUGAAUGUCCCGCUCAAUUGGCUUGUAUUAAGCAACAUUGCCGUGAUCCUUGUGUAGGAACUUGCGGCAACAAUGCUGAAUGUUCUGUUGUUAAUCAUGUACCAGUCUGUAGUUGCGCCCAAGGCUUCGUUGGUGAUCCAUUUACUGGCUGCAAGAAGGAUAUUCAAAUUAAACCGGUUAGUCCUUGUGAACCUAAUGUUUGUGGACCCUAUAGCAUUUGUCGUGUGGUUGAUGGUCGUCCCACAUGUUCAUGUCAAGUCAAUUACUUUGGAGCUCCUCCCAACUGUCGUCCAGAAUGUGUUGUUAGCUCUGAAUGUAGCCAACAUUUGGCAUGUAUCAAUCAGAAAUGCGCUGAUCCUUGUGCCAAUACCUGCGGUUUUAAUGCUAAAUGUCAAGUUGUCAAUCACAAUCCAAUCUGUUCUUGUCCAGCCGACAUGACUGGAGAUCCUUUCGAACAAUGUGUACCUAAACCCACUGGACCUAGUCGUGAUGUAAAUGCUUGCAUACCAAGCCCCUGUGGGCCUAACUCUGAAUGCCGUGAAGUUGAAAAUAGAGCGGCUUGCUCUUGUCUUCCUGGCAUGUUUGGUGCUCCACCCAAUUGCCGUCCAGAAUGUGUUAUACAUCAAGACUGUCCCUCUAAUAGAGCAUGCAUUGCUCAACGUUGUGAAGAUCCUUGUGUGGGAGCUUGUGGUUUCAAUGCACUCUGUACAUCACAGAAUCAUAGACCCAUAUGCUCUUGUAUUGAAGGACACGAAGGUGAUCCUUAUGCCGGCUGUAGUAUGCGUGCAAUUGUGGUACCAGAUUUGCCUAGCGAUCCUUGCUAUCCCUCACCAUGCGGUUCGAAUGCUGUGUGUAAAGAACGCAAUGGUGCUGGUGCUUGCUCAUGCUUGCCAAACUAUUUCGGCGAUCCUUACGUUAACUGUAGACCCGAAUGUGUACAAAACUCUGAUUGUCCGCGUACAAAGUCGUGUAUGAAUAUGAAAUGUGUCGAUCCGUGUGAGAAUUUGUGUGGUUUUAAUGCUGUUUGUAGAGUGACAAAUCACCUACCGGUUUGCUCUUGUCAAUCGGGUUUCACUGGAAACCCAAUGCGAAUUUGUCAUGAGAAACCAUCAAACAUGUAUUUACCAAUACCCAAAGAUCCGUGUCGACCAUCACCAUGUGGUCUAUUUAGUACCUGUCGUGUUCAAGGAAAUCGUCCAGUUUGUUCUUGUUUGCCCGACUAUAUGGGUCAGCCGCCUAAUUGUAAACCAGAAUGUAUUAUAAGCUCUGAAUGUAGUUCGGACAAGGCUUGUAUUAAUCAACGCUGUCAAGAUCCUUGUCCGGGUACAUGUGGUCAUAAUGCCAGAUGUAGGGUAACAAAUCAUUCACCCAUAUGUACUUGUGCCCAGGGCUUUACAGGAGAUCCUUUCCAACAAUGUUUGCCCGAAAGAAAAGAACCAGAUUUACCAAAUGAUCCCAUACCGAAAAACCCUUGCAUACCUUCACCUUGUGGACCUAACUCUCAGUGCAGAGUGUCCGCUACUGGUGCAGUUUGCUCUUGUUUACGCAACUAUAUUGGACGACCACCAAACUGUCGUCCUGAAUGUUCAAUCAAUUCUGAGUGUUCGUCACAAAUGGCUUGUGUAAAUAAUCGCUGUGUAGAUCCUUGCAUCGGUUCAUGUGGCAAUAACGCCUUGUGUCAUGUUAGUAAUCAUGCUCCAGUAUGCAUGUGUCAACCUGGUUUUACGGGAGAUCCCUUCUCGGGCUGUUAUCUUUUAAUAGAAAUUCCCGACGAGCCUAUACAACCCUGCUCUCCCAGUCCUUGUGGUUUGAAUGCUUUGUGUGAAGAACGCAAUAGUGCGGCUUCUUGCAAAUGUAUACCCGAGUACUUUGGCGAUCCAUACGUUGAAUGUAGACCCGAGUGUGUUUUGAAUUCGGAUUGUCCGAGAUCGAAAGCUUGUGUCAAUAAUAAGUGUGUGGAUCCCUGUCCGGGUGUGUGUGGCAAUAAUGCCGAAUGUUUUGUGUUGAAUCACCAACCUAAUUGCGAUUGUAUGCUGGGCUUUACGGGAAAUCCUAAUUUCGGUUGCCAUCUUAUACCAGAAAUUCCCAAACAUGAUAUUGUACCCAGCAAUCCUUGUGUACCAUCGCCCUGCGGUCUGUAUAGCAACUGCAGGGAACAAAAUGGCCAUGCCGUAUGCUCUUGCAUUCCCAAUUAUAUAGGUGCUCCGCCCAACUGUAGACCUGAGUGUAUGAGUAGUUCUGACUGCUCUCAAGAUCGAUCAUGCAUAAACGAACGUUGCAAAGAUCCAUGUCCCGGAACAUGUGGCAAUAAUGCCCUUUGUCGUGUUGUCAAUCACAAUCCCAUCUGUUCAUGCAUGCCUGGCUUUACUGGUGAUCCAUUCACACGCUGUAUAUAUGAAGAAAAACGACCAGUUGUCAGGGAUCCCAUCAAUCCCUGUGUACCAUCACCUUGUGGACCCAAUUCUCAAUGUCGUGUUUCAUCCGCCAAUGAGCAAGCAGUUUGCUCUUGCUUGCCCAAUUAUAUAGGAAGAUCGCCAAAUUGCCGACCCGAGUGUACAUCGAACUCGGAGUGUCGAGGCAAUCUGGCUUGUAUAAACCAGCGCUGUCAAGAUCCUUGUCAGGGUUCUUGCGGUUCAUUUACCACAUGUAUUGUAAAUAAUCAUAAGCCAAUAUGUCGCUGUAUUGAGGGUUAUAUGGGUGAUCCAUUUUCAGAAUGUAGUCCACAAAUUAUUGUACCACCCGAAAAGGCUGAACCUUGUAAUCCUAGUCCCUGCGGUGCUAACGCCGUUUGCAAGGAAAGGAAUGGCGUAGGUUCAUGUACCUGUUUGCCCGAAUACAAUGGUGAUCCCUAUACUGAAUGUCGACCAGAAUGUGUUCUUAAUACGGACUGUGCUAAGAACCGCGCUUGUAUAAACAACAAAUGUAGAGAUCCUUGCCCAGGAGUUUGUGGCGUGGAUGCCGAGUGUCAUGUUAUAAAUCACUCGCCCAGUUGCAGUUGCCCCUCUGGCUAUACCGGAAAUCCUUCACAGUAUUGUCGCAAAGAAAUUAAACAAAUGGAAAAUGUAAAUCCUUGUCGCCCUUCACCUUGUGGUCCUUAUAGUCAAUGUCGCGAAGUAAAUGGUCAUGCGGUUUGUUCAUGCAUAACCAAUUAUAUAGGCACACCUCCAACAUGUCGACCAGAAUGUUCGGUUAGUUCCGAAUGUUCUCAGGAUAGAGCAUGUUUGAAUUUGCGUUGUGUAGAUCCAUGUCCAGGAACUUGUGGCAAUGAGGCUAUUUGUAAGGUUACCAAUCACAAUCCCAUCUGUUCGUGUCCACCAGGCUAUUCUGGAGAUCCAUUCAUAAGAUGUAUGAAAAUUGAGGAAAGACGGGUAGAUGACAAACCCUCAAAUCCAUGUUUACCUAGCCCAUGUGGUCCAAAUUCGCAAUGUCGUGCUGUGGGUGAAACUCCUGUAUGUUCUUGUUUACCGAACUUUGUAGGACGUGCUCCUAACUGUAGACCGGAAUGUACUAUUAAUUCGGAAUGUCCGUCUAACUUAGCAUGCAUUAACGAGAGAUGCAAGGAUCCUUGCCCAGGAUCCUGUGGUUUUAAUGCCUUCUGUAAUGUAGUCAACCAUUCCCCAGUUUGUACUUGUGAAUCAGGCUUUUCUGGAGAUCCAUUCGCCGGUUGUAAUCCAACACCGGUUCCUGAAGAACGUCUUACGCCUUGCAAUCCUACACCUUGUGGCACAAAUGCCGAAUGUAAAGAACGUAAUGGUGCUGGUUCUUGUACAUGCCUCGAAGGUUACUUUGGAGAUCCUUACAGCGGUUGUCGUCCCGAAUGUGUAGUUAAUUCUGACUGUCCUCGUGAUAAAUCGUGCGUUAAUCAGAAAUGUGCAGAUCCCUGUCCCGGUGUCUGUGGUAUUAACGCAGAAUGUCGCGUGGGUAACCAUGUACCAACCUGUCAUUGUUUGCCUGGCUAUACUGGUAAUGCCCUCAGCUCUUGUCGCAUUAUACCGGAACCAGAACUACCACCACUUGCCAAAGAUGUUAAUCCUUGUCAACCCUCGCCUUGUGGUCCCUAUAGUCAGUGUCGCGAAGUAAAUGGCCAUGCUGUUUGCUCUUGCCAGACCAACUUCAUAGGUUCAGCUCCUAACUGUCGUCCAGAAUGUAUAGUCAGUUCCGAUUGUGCUCAAGAUAUGGCAUGUCAAAAUCAAAAAUGUGUAGAUCCUUGUCCUGGCACUUGUGGUUUAGAAGCACGUUGUCAAGUUAUCAAUCACUACGCAGCAUGUUCCUGCCCCCCUGGUUAUACAGGAGACCCUUUCAAUAGAUGUUCUAGAAUUAAAUUGGAUAAACCUCCUGUAUCAAAAACUGGUAACCCCUGUGUACCUUCUCCAUGUGGACCCAACUCGAAAUGCAUCGAUGUUGGUGAUUCACCUGCAUGCUCCUGUUUACCAAACUAUCUGGGACGACCACCUAAUUGUCGUCCCGAGUGCAUGAGUAGCUCUGACUGUCCUGCCAAUUUGGCCUGCAUGAAUCAAAAAUGUUCGAAUCCAUGUGUGGGUACUUGUGGUGUACAUACUUUGUGUACAGUUAUUAAGCAUAAUCCCACAUGUCAAUGCGAACCUGGCUACACCGGAGAUCCUUUCUCUGGCUGUAGUGCUGUACAACUAAUAACUACUACGGAACGACCACGCGAUCCAUGCAAUCCUAGUCCAUGUGGCGCCAACGCUGUUUGUCGUGAACGCAAUGGAGCCGGAUCAUGUGCUUGUUUGCCUGAAUACUUCGGCGAUCCUUACAGCGGUUGUAGACCAGAAUGUGUUCAAAAUUCGGAUUGUGAUCGCUCGAAGGCUUGUCUGAACAACAAAUGUAUUGAUCCUUGUCCAGGCGUUUGUGGAAUUAAUGCUGAGUGUCGUGUCCUAAAUCAUGCACCCAACUGUCAAUGUUUCGAAGGUUAUACCGGAGAUCCACACCGUUCUUGUGCAGUUAUUGAAAUGAUUACAAUGGCUCCUUUGAAUCCAUGCCAACCAUCACCUUGUGGACCUUACAGUCAGUGCCGCGAAUCGAACGGUCACGCAGUAUGCUCAUGCUUGGAUAACUACAUUGGAGCUCCACCAACGUGCCGUCCUGAAUGUGUUGUCAGCUCAGAAUGUCCUCAAAAUCGAGCUUGUAUUCAACAGAAGUGCGCUGAUCCAUGUGCUGGAGCUUGUGGUUCACAGGCUAGAUGCCAGGUUGUUAACCACAACCCUAUUUGCACAUGUCCAGCUGGUAUGACUGGUGAUCCAUUUGUUGAAUGUAUUACUGCAAAGGAACAACCAAGAGACCCUGAGAAUCCCUGCGUACCGUCACCUUGUGGACCCAACUCAUUGUGUCGGGAAAUCGGAGGACAAGCUGCCUGCUCAUGUCAAACUAACUAUGUGGGUAGACCUCCUAAUUGCAGACCAGAAUGUACAAACCACGAUGAAUGUCCAAACCAUCUAUCAUGUCAAAAUGAAAAAUGUGUCGAUCCUUGCCCAGGCUCUUGUGGAUCAAAUGCAUUAUGUAAGGUUGUACAACACAAUGCUGUUUGUUCUUGUAAUGAUGGCUACGAAGGAGAUCCAAUAUCCGGUUGUCAACUUAUUCCACCGGUAUUGCCAAAACAACCACAUUCUUCACCAUGUGAGCCAUCACCUUGCGGUCCACAGGCCGAGUGCCGUGAACGCAAUGGAGCCGGUGCCUGCUACUGUCACGAAGGCUACGAAGGUAAUCCUUACGAUGUUGAACGCGGUUGUCGCCGUGAAUGUGAAGCCCAUGAUGACUGUUCACCUGCUCAAGCCUGCGUACGUUUCAAAUGUGUAGACCCUUGUGAUAAUAUAUGCGGAGAAUUCGCCAUUUGUACGGUUGACAAUCAUGUACCAACUUGCACCUGCCCUGCCGGCUAUUCGGGAGAUCCAUUCUUCCAAUGCAAACAAAUUCCAGUAACACCAAGACCAAUUGUCAAUCCGUGUGUACCAUCUCCAUGUGGUCCAAACAGUAUUUGCCGCAAUAUCAAUGAUCAAGCAGUGUGUUCAUGUCAGUCAGGAUUCAUCAAUCAACCUCCCAACUGUAGACCUGAAUGUGUGGUUAGUUCUGAGUGUGCCACCGAAAAGGCUUGUGUGAACAACAAAUGUGUAGAUCCUUGUCAACAUACAUGUGGACAACUGGCUAUUUGUACUGUCAAGAAUCACAGCCCUAUCUGUACAUGUCCAAGAGGAAUGACUGGAGAUCCAUUUGUCAAGUGUUCAAGAAUACCCAUUGUUGUGGAUGAUAAACCAAGUACCGAAAAACCUCCAUCAUGUGUUCCAUCACCAUGUGGCCCGAACUCUAAAUGCCAAAUCAUCGGUGGUAGCCCUGCAUGCUCUUGCUUACAAGACUUCACUGGUGCUCCUCCAAACUGCCGACCUGAAUGUGUCCUUAACUCAGAAUGUGGUCCCACCGAAGCCUGCAUCAAUCAGAAAUGUCGCGAUCCUUGUCCAGGAUCUUGCGGUUUUGAAGCUAAAUGUCAUGUACUCAACCAUGUUCCUAUAUGUAAUUGCUUGGAUGGUUAUACUGGUGAUCCAUUUGUACGCUGCAGUCCUGUGCCCGUUACAGAAACACCAAAGAUUCCAAAUGAUCCAUGUGAUCCAAAUCCUUGUGGACCAAAUGCAGAUUGCUUCAAUGGUGAAUGCAGAUGCCAAGAUAAUUAUCAAGGCAAUCCCUACGAAAGUUGUCGUCCAGAAUGUUCUCUGUCUGCUGACUGUCCACGUGAUAAGGCCUGCUUGCGCAACAAGUGUGUCGAUCCUUGCCCUGGAACUUGCGGUGUCAAUGCAGUUUGUGAAGUAUUAAACCAUAUUCCCGUGUGCUCUUGUGUCAAGGGUUAUGAAGGAGAUCCAUUUACGAACUGUCGCUUGAAGAUAGAGGAACCAGAAAAACCAGCCGAACCUUGCUCACCAUCUCCUUGUGGUGCCAACAGCCAAUGCCGCGACAUUAAUGGUCAUGCCGUUUGCUCUUGCUUAGAUGGUUUCAUUGGAUCCCCACCACAAUGUCGUCCAGAAUGUGUGGUAUCUAGUGAGUGCUCCGCUUUACAGGCUUGCGUCAAUAAGAAAUGUGUUGAUCCCUGCGCCGGCUCUUGUGGUAUAGAUGCCCGUUGUGAAGUUAUCAAUCACAGUCCUAUUUGUGGUUGUCCACCUGGCAAGACGGGAGAUCCUUUCAAGAGUUGUUUCGAUAUACCUAUUGAAGCCCCAAGAGAUCCAGAGAUACCCAGGGAUCCAUGCGUACCUUCACCAUGCGGACCUAACUCCAUCUGUAAGGCUGGUCCCAGCGGUCCUUCCUGUCAAUGUAUGCCCGAAUUCUUCGGAUCACCACCUAACUGUAGACCUGAAUGUAUCAUCAAUCCAGAUUGUCCUUCAACACAAGCUUGCAUUAACAAUAAAUGUCGCGAUCCUUGUCCUGGUUCUUGUGGCACUAAUGCCGAAUGUCGCGUUAUUAGCCACUCCGUAUCAUGUUCAUGUCCAGUCGGAUAUGCUGGCAAUGCUUUUGUUCAAUGUAUUCCACAAGAAGAAGAACCAGUUAAGCCUUGCGAACCAUCACCAUGUGGACCAAAUGCAGAAUGUAUUGAACGUAAUGGUGCUGCUUCUUGCAAAUGCAUUGAUGAAUACCAAGGCAAUCCUUAUGAGGGCUGUCGACCAGAGUGCGUUCUUAGUUCUGAUUGUCCAACGGAUAAGGCUUGUAUACGCAACAAAUGUAAAGACCCUUGUCCUGGCAUCUGCGGUUCAAAUGCUCAAUGUUAUGCUGUCAACCAUGUUCCUAACUGUGUAUGCAAUGAAGGCUAUACCGGCGAUCCAUUCUCCAACUGCCGACCACAACCAAAGUUACCACCACCGACACCUGGCAACCCUUGCCAGCCUUCACCAUGUGGUCCCAACAGUAAAUGCCGUGAAUCAAAUGGUUUGGCUGUAUGUUCAUGUCUGGAUUCCUUUAUUGGUUCACCACCAAAUUGUAAACCUGAGUGCACAGUUAAUGCCGAAUGUCCACAAAAUAAGGCCUGUCAUAAAUUCAAGUGUGCCAAUCCCUGUGCUGGCACUUGCGGUAUCGAUGCUAAGUGCGAAGUAAUCAACCACAAUCCAAUUUGCAGUUGUGCAUUGGAAAUGACUGGUGAUCCAUUCACUAGGUGUUAUCCAGCACCCAUACGCCCUAAAGAUGAACCAACUAAACCCAAAAAUCCUUGCAUACCUUCUCCUUGUGGCUUAUAUUCGGAAUGUCGUGUCAGUGGAGAUCAACCAUCAUGUUCUUGUUUACCAAAUUACAUAGGAGCUCCACCUAAUUGCCGACCAGAGUGUGUGGUUAACACAGAUUGCCCCUCUGAUUUAGCAUGUAUUGCCGAAAAAUGCCGCAACCCUUGUGAUGGUACUUGUGGUAUUAAUUCCGAGUGUCGCAUACAAAAUCAUUUGGCUAUCUGUACUUGCCGCUCUGGCUUCACCGGAGAUCCAUUCAGCCAGUGCAUUGAAAUUAUUGAAGAAAAGACUCAGACUCCAGUGGAAAUGGAUCCAUGCGCUUUACAACCUUGCGGAGCCAAUGCUGAAUGUCAACCAGGCGGUGUCUGUGUGUGCUUAAGAGACUACCUAGGAGAUCCCUAUGUUGGUUGUAGACCAGAAUGUACUUUGAGUACUGACUGCUCACCAAACAAGGCUUGUUUGAAUAAGAAAUGUGUUGAUCCCUGUCCAGGAACUUGUGGACAAAAUGCCCAGUGUGAUGUUACCAAUCAUAUACCUGUAUGUACUUGUCCUAAGGGCUAUACCGGCGAUCCAUUCAUCAAUUGUCGCCAAGUGGUGCGCAAUGAUUUGGUACCAACAGAUCCCUGUCAACCAAAUCCAUGUGGACCCAACAGUAUCUGUCAAGUUUCGGGUCAAGGUCCCAGAUGUGCCUGCAAGCCCGGUAUGUUGGGCUCACCACCAGCAUGUAAACCAGAAUGUAUCGUUAGUUCGGAAUGUUCUCUACAAACAGCAUGCAUCAAUCGCAAAUGUGUGGAUCCUUGUCCGGGAGCCUGUGGUCAAUUUGCCAAAUGCCAAGUUAUCAACCACAAUCCAAUUUGUACUUGCAAUAAUGGCUACACGGGAGAUCCAUUUACACGCUGCUAUGAAGAACCAAAGGCUAUCGAACCUAUAAGGCCCGUUAACCCAUGUGUACCAUCGCCAUGUGGUCCCAACUCCGAAUGUAAGGUUGUGGGCGAUAGUCCAGCCUGUUCCUGUGCUGCUACAUUCUUGGGUACUCCACCAAAUUGUAGACCCGAAUGUACCAUCAAUCCAGAAUGUCCAUCAACUAAAGCUUGUAUCCGUCAAAAAUGUGAAGAUCCCUGUGUGGGUUCAUGCGGCUUCAAUGCCCGCUGCUCUGUUGCCAACCAUAUGCCCAUCUGUAGUUGUGAAGUUGGUUAUAUUGGCGAUCCAUUUACUAGCUGUCAACCAAUACCAGAACGUAUUGUCAAUGAACAUAUAACACCAUGUGAACCAAAUCCUUGCGGUUCAAAUGCCAUAUGUAGAGAACAGAAUGGCAUUGGUUCCUGUCAAUGUCUGCCGGAAUACUAUGGAGAUCCAUAUCAAUCGUGUCGACCAGAAUGUAUUCGUAAUUCUGAUUGCCCAACAACUAAAGCAUGUACACAAAAUAAAUGUACAGAUCCUUGCCCUGGUACAUGUGCUUCGAAUGCCGUCUGCUCGGUAACCAAUCAUAUACCCACCUGCUCUUGUCUAGCCGGUUAUAUAGGUGAUCCUUAUAGAUAUUGUCAAAGAGAGCCAGAGAAACCCGUCCGUUUGCAAGAACCGACAAAUCCUUGUGUUCCAUCACCCUGCGGUCCUAACUCUCAGUGCCGUGAAUUAAAUGGUCAGGCUAUAUGUUCUUGUUUGGAGAAUUAUAUAGGUUUUCCUCCUUCCUGUAGGCCAGAGUGUGUUUUGAGCACUGAAUGUUCUGCUGACAAGGCUUGUAUUAAUCAAAAAUGCCAGGAUCCUUGUCCUGGCACCUGUGGUCUUAAUGCUGAGUGUAGAGUUCGCAACCAUAGUCCGAUUUGCCAAUGUAGACCUAGAUUUACUGGCGAUGCUUUUACCAGAUGUUAUCCCAUACCACCACCUGCUCCUGUUAUUAAACAAUUUGCAAGAGAUCCUUGUGUUCCUUCGCCUUGUGGACCCAACUCGUUGUGUCGUAAUGUAAAUGGUGUACCAUCAUGUACUUGUUUGGAAACAUAUAUAGGAGCUCCUCCCAACUGUAGGCCAGAGUGCUCGAUAAGUUCAGAAUGUGCUUUAGAUAAAGCUUGCAUUCGUGAAAAAUGUAUGGAUCCAUGCCCAGGUUCAUGCGGCUUUUCAGCAGUCUGCAGUGUUAUUAAUCAUACACCCAUAUGUACUUGCCCCGAAGGUUAUACCGGUGAUCCUUUCAGUUCAUGUAGACCAGCACCACCGGCUGAGGUCUAUAAUGAACCCUCUGAUCCAUGUCGUCCUUCACCAUGUGGUGCAAAUGCUUUAUGCAAUAAUGGUGUUUGUUCUUGUCUGCCCGAAUACCAUGGAGAUCCAUAUUCAGGUUGUCGUCCAGAAUGUGUUUUAAACUCGGAUUGUCCCCGCGAUAAAGCCUGCUCUCGCAGUAAAUGUAUUAACCCUUGUCCUGGUACAUGUGGUGAUAAUGCCAUUUGUGAUGUUAUCAAUCAUAUACCAAUGUGCAGAUGUCCCGAAGGUACUCAAGGAAGUGCUUUCAUCAGAUGCUCUCCUCAACAAAAAUUGGAUACGCCUACGAAUCCCUGCCAACCCUCACCUUGUGGACCCAAUUCUCAAUGCCGUGAAAUUAAUCAACAGCCCGUUUGUUCUUGUCUUCAAGGAUUUAUAGGUUAUCCGCCUACUUGUCGACCAGAAUGUACCUCUAACUCAGAAUGUUCGCCCACACAGGCUUGUCUAAAUCAAAAAUGCCAGAAUCCUUGUCCUGGCACCUGCGGAGUUAGUGCAUUGUGUUCGGUAGUAAAUCAUAGUCCUUUCUGCACCUGUCCGAAUGAUUUUACGGGAAAUCCGUUUGUUAGAUGCCAGCGUAUAAUUAAACCUGUAAGCGAUGUGGUACCUCAAGAUCCGUGUCACCCAUCUCCGUGUGGACCAUUUUCUCGUUGCAAACCCAUAGGACAAUCUCCUUCAUGUUCUUGCCUUGAAUCUUAUAUAGGAAGACCUCCAAACUGUCGUCCCGAAUGUGUAACCAGUUCCGAUUGCGCCAGCAAUUUGGCUUGUGUUAAUCAGAAAUGUGUAGAUCCAUGUCCCGGAAGAUGUGGAUUAAAUGCCGAAUGCCGUGUAGUUAGUCAUGCUGUACAAUGUGUUUGCGUUGUCGGCUACACCGGAGAUCCAUUCGUACAAUGCAAUCCUCCUAUUGAAAGAGAUGUCGUAGAGGUUCUAACGCCUUGUAAUCCUUCACCUUGCGGUCCAAAUGCUAUAUGUAGAGAACGUAGUGGUGUCGGAUCCUGUCAAUGUUUGCCGGAUUAUCAUGGCAACCCUUACGAGGGCUGCCGACCAGAAUGUGUACUUAACUCGGAUUGUCCUUCAAACAAAGCUUGUCAACUACAAAAAUGUCAAGACCCCUGUCCAGGAACUUGUGGACAAAAUGCCGAAUGUCAGGUGGUAAAUCAUUUGCCUACUUGUAAUUGUUUUGCCGGUUAUACAGGCGAUCCGUAUCGCAUUUGCACCCAGCCAGUAGAACCAAUACGGAUGGAAUAUAUUAAUCCAUGUCAGCCUUCUCCUUGUGGUCCCAAUAGUCAGUGUCGUGAAGUCAAUGAACAAGCUGUUUGUUCUUGCUUGCCAGAAUUUAUAGGCCAACCUCCUAGCUGCAGGCCAGAAUGCACCAUAUCAUCAGAAUGUUCUGCUGAUAAGGCUUGCAUAAAUCAGAAAUGUAUAAAUCCAUGUGAUAGCUCUCCUUGUGGUCAAAAUGCUGAGUGUAGGGUUCGCAAUCAUAGUCCUUUGUGUUCUUGUAAUCGCGGUUACACUGGAGAUGCUUUCACUAGAUGUUACCCCAUACCACCUCCUCCGCCGGAAGUUCAACUAGAGGAAAUCAGAGAUCCAUGUGUUCCUUCACCAUGUGGUCCUAACUCGGAAUGUCGCAAUUCAAAUGGUGUACCGUCGUGUUCUUGUUUAGCAACAUAUAUUGGACAACCUCCAAAUUGUAGACCAGAAUGUACAAUAAACUCAGAAUGUCCUAGUCAACAGGCAUGUAUUAAUCAAAAAUGUAGAGACCCAUGUCCCGGAGCAUGUGGUAUUAAUUCCAUUUGCCGUGUUAUAAACCACACUCCUUCAUGUGCUUGCAUCGAAGGCUAUGUGGGCAAUCCCUUCACUAGUUGUUCGCCAAAACCACCAGAACCUACUACUUCACCACCUUUGGAUGAUCCUUGCUCUCCCUCGCCUUGUGGCCCCAAUGCCAUAUGCAAUAACGGCCAAUGUACCUGCAUAUCAGAGUAUCAAGGAGACCCUUAUGUAGAAUGCAGACCAGAAUGUGUUCUUAACUCUGAAUGUCCUCGCGAUAGAGCUUGUAUACGUAAUAAAUGUGUGGACCCAUGUCCAGGAACUUGUGCGGCAAAUGCCAUAUGUGAGGUUCACAAUCAUGUUCCUAUGUGCCAUUGUCCCGAAAAAAUGACGGGAAAUGCCUUCUUCGAAUGUCGUGCCAUAUUAACCCCUGUGCCAACAAAUCCUUGUCAGCCUUCGCCCUGUGGUCCUAACAGCCAAUGUCGUGUAGUCCAAGGUACCGCUGUCUGCUCUUGUCUUUCUGAUUUUAUAGGUAGUCCGCCGCAGUGUAGACCAGAAUGUACAACAAACUCCGAUUGUCCACCAGAUCAGGCUUGUCAAAAUAUGAAAUGUAGAGAUCCUUGCCCGGGAACUUGUGGCUUUAAUGCUGAAUGCAAUGUUGUUAACCACACACCAUACUGUAGGUGUCGUAGUCGCAUGACUGGCGACCCAUUUGUAAGAUGUCAUGAAAUUGUAGAGCCCAUAAGAGAUGAGAAAGUUCCUAUAAACCCUUGCCAACCAUCACCAUGUGGUCCUAACUCGGAAUGUCGUGUUAAUGGAGAUUCUCCUUCAUGUUCAUGUUUGCCCGAUUUUAUUGGUUCGCCUCCACAAUGUCGACCAGAAUGCAUUUCCAAUUCGGAAUGUCCUACGAAUCAAGCGUGUAUAAAUCAGAAAUGUAAAGAUCCAUGUCCUGGAUUGUGUGGUCAGAACGCGCUUUGUCGGGUAUUCUCACAUACACCCAUGUGCUUGUGUAACGAAGGCUAUACUGGAGAUCCAUUCUCUGUUUGCAACCCUGUGCAGCUGACACCAGUAGAAGAAGUGAGACCUUGUAUCCCUAAUCCCUGUGGUGUUAACGCGAAAUGUAUCGAACGUGGAGAAGCUGGUUCUUGUCAGUGUUUGCCAGAAUAUUUCGGUAAUCCUUAUGAGGGCUGUCGCCCAGAAUGUGUAUUGAAUUCGGAUUGUGCUUCAAACAAAGCUUGUCAAAAUCAAAAAUGUGUGGACCCUUGUCCAGGAACCUGUGGUCAAAAUGCAGAAUGCAAGGUUAUUAAUCAUUUGCCAUCGUGUGAUUGUGUACCUGGGUACACUGGAGAUCCAUACAGCUUCUGUUCUAUUCUUCGAAAUGAACCUGUUCGUGAAUACGUCAAUCCUUGUCAGCCUUCACCAUGUGGUCCUAACUCGCAAUGCAGAGAAGUGAACAGUCAACCUGUUUGUUCUUGUCUGAUAGAGUAUAUAGGUUCACCACCGGCUUGUAGGCCAGAGUGUACAUCUAGUUCCGAAUGUCCUUCGGAUAAGGCUUGCGUUAAUCGUAAAUGUGUAGAUCCUUGUCCUGGUGUUUGUGGUCAAAACGCUCUAUGUCAAGUACGUAACCACAGUCCAAUUUGUAGCUGCAACAAUGGCUUCACUGGUGAUGCGUUUGUCCGUUGCUUCCGCAUACCACCACAAAGAGCCGAUCCUACACCCCAACAACCCAGAGAUCCCUGUGUUCCUUCGCCUUGUGGUCCCAAUUCGCAAUGUCGUGACAUUGGUGGUUCACCAUCGUGCUCUUGUUUACCAAACUUUUUGGGUUCGCCACCUUCUUGCAGACCUGAAUGUACCAUAAAUUCGGAAUGUGUCUCUCAAGAGGCAUGCAUUAAUCAGAAAUGCCGUGAUCCUUGCCCAGGCUCAUGUGGAAUUAACACUUUAUGUUUUGUACGCGCUCACACUCCUAUAUGUACGUGUCAAACAGGUUUUACAGGAGAUCCAUUUGCUGUUUGUAAUCCAAUUCCACCACCACCCGCUAAAACUGAAGUCGUUCCGGACGACCCCUGUAAUCCAUCACCUUGCGGUGCCAACGCAAAUUGUAACAACGGUCAAUGUUCUUGUCUACCAGAGUAUCAUGGUGAUCCUUAUACUGGCUGUAGACCUGAAUGUGUUCUGCAUACGGAUUGUUCUCGCGACAAAGCCUGUGUUAGACAUAAAUGUGUAGAUCCUUGUAUAGGAACAUGUGCAUCGAAUGCUAUUUGCGAAGUUAUCAAUCAUAUACCUAAUUGUAGAUGUCCUGAGGGCAUGCAGGGUAAUGCUUUCACACUUUGUUCCCCCAUUCCAAAACAAGAUUUGCCAAUACAUCCUUGCCAACCUUCACCUUGUGGUCCCAACUCACAAUGUAGAGAAGUUAAUCAGCAGGCUGUAUGUUCGUGUAUAGAAGGCUUCAUGGGAAGUCCACCAUUAUGCAGGCCAGAAUGUACAUCUAAUUCAGAAUGUUCUUUGAAUUUGGCUUGCUUAAACCAGAAGUGUACCGAUCCUUGUCCUGGAGUAUGUGGCCGCAAUGCGUUAUGCCAUGUUAACAACCAUAGUCCAUACUGCAGAUGUCCUGAUAAAUAUGAUGGAAAUCCAUUUGUUAGUUGUCAACCAAGAAUAGAACCACCAUCGCCGCCUGUGCGGCAACCUUGCCAGCCAUCACCUUGCGGCCCGUACUCACAAUGUCGCGAAGUAGGCGACAGUCCAUCUUGUUCUUGUCUGGCAGAUUAUAUAGGCGCACCACCCAAUUGUAGACCCGAAUGUGUUACUAGUUCAGAAUGUCCGUCGAAUCAAGCAUGCAUCAAUCAGAAAUGUAAGGAUCCCUGCCCUGGCCUGUGUGGAGCAGAAGCUGAAUGUCGUGUUAUUUCUCAUACACCCAGUUGCUACUGUCCACAAGGCUAUGAAGGUGAUCCUUUCGUUCAAUGCAUUAAACAACAAGUAACACAACAAUUAGAUCAUAUUGAUCCCUGCAACCCUAGUCCAUGUGGUCAAAAUGCUCGUUGUGUUGCAAGAAAUGAUGCGGGAUCAUGCCAAUGCUUCCCCGAAUAUUUCGGCAAUCCCUACGAAGGUUGUCGUCCGGAAUGUGUACUGGACUCUGAUUGUGCCAGUAAUUUGGCUUGUCAAAAUAUGAAAUGUCGUGACCCAUGCCCAGGAACAUGUGGUCAAAACGCCAUAUGUAAUGUUCUCAAUCAUGUACCAAGAUGUUCCUGUAUAAAUGGUUAUGAAGGUGAUCCUUAUCGCUCGUGUUUACCUGUAAAGCAACCCAUCAAAGAGUAUGUUAACCCUUGCCAACCCUCACCAUGUGGACCCAAUUCUCAAUGUCGUGAAAUAAACGAGCAACCCGUAUGUUCUUGCUUGCCUGAUUAUGUCGGUAGUCCACCUCUUUGUAGACCCGAAUGCACACAAUCAUCCGAAUGUGCUUUCGAUAAGGCUUGCGUCAAUCAAAAAUGUGUAGAUCCAUGCCCAGGAACAUGUGGCACUAACGCUAAUUGCAGAGUUCAUAAUCAUAGUCCGUUGUGUACUUGUAGAUCCGGAUUUACAGGAGACCCGUUCUAUAUUUGUCGUCCCAUACCACCUCAACCUCCAAUUCAAGUACAAAAAACGCCACAAGAUCCAUGUGUACCUUCUCCAUGUGGAUCCAAUUCUCAAUGUAGACGUGUAGGUGAUUCGUUCUCAUGUGCAUGCUUACCAAAUUAUAUAGGCGCACCUCCAAAUUGCAGACCAGAGUGUGUCAUUAACGCGGAUUGUCCUAGUAAUGAAGCUUGUAUUAAUGAAAAAUGCCGCGACCCUUGUGCAGGAGCAUGCGGUUUAGGUGCUCUUUGCGAGGUUAAUAAUCACACACCAAACUGCAGAUGCCCUGCUGGUUUCACUGGAGAUCCAUUCUCUGUUUGCCAGCCUGCCCCACCACCACCACCACCUGUCAAAGACGAUCCCUGCAAUCCAUCGCCAUGUGGUCCCAAUGCCCAAUGCAAUAAUGGUGUUUGUUCUUGCAUACCAGAAUAUCAAGGCGAUCCUUAUACCGGUUGUCGACCAGAAUGUGUUUUGAAUUCAGACUGUUCUCGUGAAUUAGCUUGUAUACAAAAUAAAUGUCGCGAUCCUUGUCCUGGAACGUGUGCAACGAAUGCUUUCUGUCAGGUUAUUAACCACAUACCCAUGUGUACCUGUCCUGAAGGCAUGGCCGGUAAUGCUUUCAUUUUGUGUUCUCCCAUUCCACCACCAGUUAAAGGCAAUCCUUGUCAACCAUCACCCUGUGGUCCAAACUCACAAUGUCGCGAAGUAAAUUCACAAGCUGUAUGUUCAUGCUUACCUAAUUAUUUGGGAGCACCUCCGGCGUGUCGUCCAGAAUGUACCGCUAAUCAAGAAUGUCCUGCCAAUUUGGCAUGUGUCAAUCAGAAAUGUGUUGAUCCAUGUCCAGGAUCAUGUGGAAGAAAUGCACAAUGUUCGACAGUUAAUCACAACCCAUUCUGUACCUGCUUACCACGGUACACUGGAAAUCCAUUUGUGGCAUGUCAGCCCAUUAUAGAACCACCACCACAAGACACACAACCUCAGGAUCCUUGCAGACCUUCACCAUGCGGUCCCAAUUCGCAAUGCAAAGCAGUUGGUGAUACUCCAGCUUGUUCAUGUCUAGAUGGCUUCAUAGGUUCAGCUCCAUAUUGCAAACCUGAAUGUGUAUCUAACUCUGAGUGUCCAACUAACAUGGCGUGUAUUAAUCAAAAGUGUAAAGACCCUUGCAUAGGACUAUGUGGAGCUUCAGCCAUAUGUCGUGUAGUUUCACAUACUCCUAUGUGCACAUGUCAAACUGGUUUUACAGGAGAUCCAUUUACAUUGUGUUCUCCAAUACCAGUGCGAAUACAUGAGGAACCUCUACAUCCUUGCAAUCCUUCGCCAUGUGGUGCAAAUGCUCAGUGUAUAGAACGCAAUGGUGCAGGAGCUUGUCAGUGUUUGCCAGAAUUCUUUGGUAAUCCUUAUGAGGGUUGUCGACCCGAAUGUGUUUUAAAUUCUGAUUGUCCUACCAACAAGGCUUGUCACAAUCAGAAAUGUCGCGAUCCAUGUCCAGGUACCUGUGGCAACAAUGCAGAAUGUUCCGUAUUAAAUCAUGUGCCCAACUGUAAUUGUUUCAUUGGUUAUACUGGAGAUCCAUACAGUUAUUGUUCCAAGCCCCAAGAACCUAUACGUCAAGAAUAUGUUAAUCCUUGUCAACCUUCACCAUGUGGUCCCAACUCUCAAUGUCGCGAGAUCAAUGAGCAGGCCGUGUGCUCUUGUCUUCCUGAUUUUAUAGGUGUAGCUCCAGCAUGUCGUCCAGAAUGUACUACAAAUAGUGAAUGCCCUUCAGAUAGGGCUUGUAUAAAUCGCAAAUGUUCAGACCCAUGCCCCGGUGUAUGUGGCCAGAAUGCCGAAUGUCACGUUAGAAAUCAUAAUCCAUUAUGUUCAUGUCGCCCUGGUUUGAUUGGUGAUGCAUUUGUGCGCUGUUAUCCACAACCAUCUCCUCAACCCCCUGUUAAGGAUGUCCAAAUUUACCGCGAUCCUUGUGCGCCGUCCCCUUGUGGUCCAUUCUCACAAUGUCGCAAUCAAUACGAUUCGCCUUCUUGCUCGUGUCUACCAAAUUAUAUAGGUUCACCUCCAAACUGUAGACCUGAAUGUUCAAUCAAUGCCGACUGUCCUUCAAGCCAAGCCUGCAUUAAUGAAAAAUGUCGCGAUCCAUGUCCUGGCGCAUGUGGUAUUAACACCGAAUGUACAGUCAUUAAUCAUAUACCAAAUUGCAAAUGUAAAUUGGGAUAUGUGGGUGAUGCCUUCGUUGUCUGUCAGCCAGCACCUCCUCCACCGAAAAUCGAAAAAGAUGUACCACGGGACCCAUGUUAUCCCAAUCCUUGUGGUUCCAAUGCUAUUUGUUCAGGUGAUGGAGUAUGUUCUUGCUUGUCAGAUUACCAAGGAGAUCCCUAUGUAGCCUGUAAGCCAGAAUGUGUUCUGAACUCAGAAUGUCCCAGUAAUCAAGCUUGCAUAAAUCAAAAAUGCCGUGACCCCUGUCCUGGUACAUGUGCCUCCAAUGCCAUAUGUGAAGUACGAAAUCAUAUACCAAUGUGUCAUUGUCCUGAUCGCAUGACUGGAAACGCGUUUGUGUUGUGUCAACCGGUGCAACAAACUGAGGUGUACCGCAACCCCUGUCAGCCUUCUCCAUGUGGACCCAAUUCGCAAUGCCGCGAAAUAAAUAAUCAAGCUGUGUGCUCAUGUCUACCAAACUUCUUAGGUUCUCCUCCUAGUUGUCGCCCUGAAUGCACAACUAAUUCAGAAUGUCCCGCCAAUUUGGCCUGCCAAAAUCAAAAAUGUAUUGAUCCUUGUCCGGGAACGUGUGGACGAUUUGCCCUAUGCAAUGUUGUAAACCACAGUCCAUUCUGUACUUGUCUUCAAGGUUAUACCGGAAAUCCUUUCAUACAGUGUCAUAGAAUAAUUGAACCUCAACGGGAUGUAGAACCUUCGAAUCCUUGCCAACCGUCACCAUGUGGUCCAAAUAGUAUUUGUAAAGCUAUAGGAACAACUCCAUCGUGUUCAUGUAUACCAGAAUUUGUUGGACAACCACCAAAUUGUCGACCGGAAUGUGUAACAAACUCAGAGUGUCCAUCGCACCAAGUAUGCUCGAACCAAAAAUGUAAAGAUCCCUGUCCAGGUCUAUGUGGUCAAAGUGCCCUUUGCCGUGUUAAUAGCCACACUCCGAUGUGUUAUUGUGAAAACGGUUACACCGGCGAUCCGUUUGUUGCCUGUUCUCCUAUACCUCAACAGAAUCCUGUUGAAACUGUUGAUCCCUGUAAUCCUUCGCCUUGUGGACCCUAUGCCGAAUGUCGCCAACAAAAUGGAGUUGGAUCUUGUCAAUGUCUACCAGAAUAUUUCGGCAAUCCAUACGAAGGCUGUCGUCCAGAAUGUAUAGUAAAUUCUGAUUGUCCUUCGAAUAGAGCAUGUGUAAAUGAGAAAUGUAAAAAUCCCUGUCCUGGCACAUGUGGUCUCAAUGCUGAAUGUUUUGUGCGAAAUCACCAGGCAACUUGUAAUUGCUUAUACGGUUAUCAAGGAGACCCAUAUCGUUAUUGCGCAAAGGAGGAAAAACCCAUUAUUCGUGAAUAUGUUAACCCCUGUCAACCUUCUCCUUGUGGCCCCAACUCACAAUGCAAAGAGUCUAAUGAACAAGCUGUUUGUUCUUGUUUACCAGAAUAUGUAGGAGCUCCUCCUACCUGUAGACCCGAAUGUACUACAAGUUCAGAAUGUUCUGCAGAUAAGGCUUGUAUUAAUCAGAAAUGUAAAGACCCUUGUCCAGGUGUCUGUGGCUUACAGGCCUUGUGCAAUGUACGUAAUCAUGUGCCUUUAUGUAGUUGUCAAAAUGGUUACACUGGAGAUCCCUUCACUCGCUGUUACCCCAUACCUCCUCCACCACCAGUAGUGUUUGCUGAGCCUAUUCGCGAUCCAUGUGUUCCCUCGCCUUGUGGCCCUAAUUCACAAUGUCAAAAUAGAAAUGGUCAAGCAUCAUGUUCAUGUCUUCCUAAUUUCUUUGGUGCUCCUCCUAGCUGUCGUCCUGAAUGUACCACAAAUUCAGAGUGUUCUCUAAAUAUGGCAUGCAUAAAUAUGCGUUGCAUAGAUCCUUGCCCUGGAUCAUGUGCUUAUAAUGCUUUGUGUACUGUUCAAAAUCACAUACCUAGUUGUCAUUGCCCCGAAGGUUAUGUCGGUGAUCCAUUUACCGCCUGUCAAUUAGCUCCAAAACCUAAACCUGUAGUAGAAGAUGAUCCUUGUAAUCCUUCUCCAUGUGGCUCAAAUGCUUUGUGCAAUAAUGGUCAGUGUUCGUGUAUUCCCGAAUAUCAGGGAGAUCCCUAUGUAGCUUGUCGACCCGAAUGUGUACUAAAUACAGAAUGUCCAACUAAUAAAGCAUGUAUUCGCAAUAAAUGCGUAGAUCCUUGUCCGGGUACUUGUGGAAAUAAUGCUUUAUGUGAUGUUUAUAAUCAUGUUCCGAUGUGUCGCUGUCCUGAAGGAAUGACCGGUAAUGCCUUUGUUCAAUGCGAUAUUGAGCCUAAGCCAGUUGACACAAAUCCAUGUCAACCAUCGCCUUGUGGACCUAAUAGUCGCUGUAGAGUUCAUCAAAAUACAGCAGUAUGUUCGUGCAUCGAAAAUUAUAUUGGUAACCCACCAUCCUGCAGACCGGAAUGUACCAUAAAUUCUGACUGUGCACCACAAAUGUCUUGUCAAAAUCUCAAAUGCGUGGAUCCCUGCCCGGGAUCAUGCGGUUUGAAUGCAAUGUGCCAUGUGGUGAACCAUGCUCCCAUUUGCACUUGCCCAUCACGCUUUUCAGGAAAUCCUUUCGUAAGCUGCCAACCUGUAGUAGAACCACCUAAAAAGUUGGAUGAUAAACCGGAUCCUUGUCUACCAUCUCCAUGCGGUCCUAAUUCCCAGUGCCGGGUUGUCGGAGACUCACCAUCAUGCUCUUGCUUAGCAGAUUUUACUGGUUCUCCACCAAACUGCCGUCCAGAAUGUGUAUCCAAUUCGGAAUGCCCAUCCAAUAAAGCCUGCAUUAAUCAGAAAUGUAAAGAUCCUUGUCCGGGAGUAUGUGGUCAAAAUGCUUUGUGCAAUGUGAUCUCACACACCGCCAUGUGUACUUGUUCACCUGGCUACACGGGAGAUCCAUUCACAGGUUGUUCUAUACCCCCUGUAAGGCUAACUGAUCAUGUAACUCCUUGUCAGCCAAAUCCUUGUGGAUCUAAUGCUGUCUGCCGACAAGAGAAUAAUGCCGGAUCUUGUCAAUGUCUACCCGAAUAUUUUGGAAAUCCUUAUGAAGGCUGUAGACCAGAAUGUGUUUCCAAUUCGGACUGCUCUUCGAACAAAGCUUGUGUUAACCAAAAAUGCAGAGAUCCUUGCCCGGGAGUAUGUGGCUUAAAUGCUAUUUGUAGUGUAGUCAAUCACUUGCCAACUUGUCAGUGUAUGUCAGAAUAUGUAGGUGAUCCUUAUCAAUAUUGCCAAAUACCAGAAAAACCAAUUAUCAAAGAGUAUGUGAAUCCUUGCCAACCUUCACCUUGUGGACCCAACUCCCAAUGCCGUGAAGUUAAUAAUCAAGCUGUCUGCUCUUGCUUGCCUGAUUACAUGGGAGUACCUCCCACUUGCCGUCCUGAAUGUACUACAAAUUCGGAAUGCGCAUUCGAUAAAGCAUGUGUAAAUCGUAAAUGUGUAGACCCUUGUCCAGGAUCUUGUGGUAGCAAUGCUGAUUGUCGUGUCGUUAGUCAUUCACCUAUAUGUUCUUGUAGAAAUGGCUUCACUGGCAAUGCAUUUACACGAUGUUAUCCCAUUCCAUCUACACCUCCACCAAUACCACAAAAGGAUGUUUCCCCUAAUCCCUGCUUGCCAUCUCCCUGUGGUCAAUUUGCCCAGUGUCGUGACGUAGGCGGUUCAGCUUCUUGUUCCUGUUUACCAACAUAUAGAGGAUCACCACCUAAUUGUAGACCUGAAUGUACUAUAAAUUCCGAUUGUCCUAGUUCGCAGGCCUGUAUAAACCAAAAAUGUCAAGACCCCUGCCCAGGAGCUUGUGGUUUUAGUGCCCAAUGUCAUGUGGUUAAUCAUACACCUAUAUGCCAAUGUUUACAAGGUUUGAUAGGCGAUCCUUUUGUCAGUUGUCGCCAACCACCAGUAGAACCAAUAAAAGUUCCACCUUCUAAUGAAGAUCCAUGUAACCCUUCACCUUGUGGAGUUAACGCAAUAUGUCAAAACGGUCAAUGUUCAUGUUUGCCGGAAUACCAAGGAAAUCCUUUGAUAGGAUGCAGGCCUGAAUGUGUUCUCAAUUCCGAUUGUCCAACAAAUAAGGCUUGUAUUAAUCAAAAAUGUCAAGAUCCUUGUCCCGGAACGUGUGCUUCCAACGCCAUUUGUGAAGUUCAUCAACAUGUGCCCAUGUGUCACUGCCCAGAAGGUAUGAUUGGCAAUGCAUUUAUUCAAUGUGAACCAAGACCGCCUGUAAGAUUAAAUCAACCUUGCCAACCCUCACCAUGUGGACAAAAUGCUCAAUGCCGAGUUCUAAAUGAACAGGCCGUAUGCUCGUGUUUGCCAAAUUAUAUAGGAGCACCUCCAACAUGUAGGCCAGAAUGUACAACCAACAAUGAAUGUGCCUUAAAUAAGGCUUGUCUACAACAGAAAUGUAACGAUCCUUGUCCCGGAGCAUGCGGAUCUAAUACCGAAUGUUCUGUACACAAUCACAGUCCCAUUUGUCGUUGUAUUAAUGGAUUCAGUGGUAAUCCAUUUAUAGGCUGCCAACCAAUAAGAAUUGUUCCACAACUUGAUACACCCAAAUACAAAGAUCCCUGCAGACCCUCCCCCUGUGGUCCGAAUUCUGAAUGUCGAGCAAUUGGUGAAAGUCCUUCUUGUUCGUGCUUGAAAGACUUUGUAGGUUCACCACCAAAUUGUAGACCAGAAUGCGUGACUAAUUCGGAGUGUUCCUCAAGUGAGGCUUGUAUUAAUCAACAUUGUCGCGAUCCUUGUCCCGGAGUAUGCGGCUCUAAUGCCGAAUGUCGUGUCAUUAAUCACACACCUAUGUGUUAUUGCCCUAGUGGUUACUCGGGAGAUCCGUUCUCUCUUUGUUCGAUAGUUAAAGAUACACCUGUAGAACCGAUACGACCCUGCCAACCCAAUCCCUGUGGUCCAAAUGCUGAGUGUUUGGAACGCAAUGGAGUAGGAGCCUGCCAAUGUCUGCCUGAAUUCUUAGGAAAUCCUUAUGAAGGUUGCCGACCAGAAUGUGUGAUCAACUCUGACUGUCCCACCCAUUUGGCUUGUAUGAACAGCAAGUGCAAAGAUCCUUGUCCUGGAACAUGUGGCCGCAACGCCGAAUGUCAUGUACACAACCACUUACCAACUUGUACUUGCAUUACCGGUUAUACAGGAGAUCCAUAUUCCUACUGCAAUCUUCAACCAGAACCCGUGUUUGAUGUUAGCAAUCCUUGUCAGCCUUCACCUUGUGGGCCAAACUCUCAAUGUCGUGUAUUAAAGAACCAAGCUAUAUGCUCAUGUUUGCCUGAAUUUAUUGGCCAACCACCAAGUUGUCGCCCAGAAUGUAUCAUAUCUAGUGAAUGUUCGUUUGACAAAGCUUGUAGUAAUCAGAAAUGUGUUGACCCUUGUCCCGGUACUUGCGGAAUAAAUGCAGAAUGUCGUGUAUUAAAUCACAGUCCCUUAUGUUCUUGUCGUGACGGCUUUACUGGAGAUGCUUUCAUAAGAUGUUUACCAAUUACCCCAGAACCACUCCCGCCGGUUAUAGUGAAGGACACAUAUAGAGAUCCAUGUGUACCAUCGCCAUGUGGCAUGAAUGCCCAAUGUAGAGUUAUAAAUCAACAAGCCUCCUGUUCUUGCGUUACAGGAUACUUUGGCGCUCCACCCAAUUGUCGACCGGAAUGUUCAAUUAAUGCUGAUUGUCCUUCUAACCAGGCCUGUAUUAAUGAGAAAUGUCGUGACCCUUGUCCCGGAUCGUGUGGUAUUUCUGCACUAUGCACAGUUGUAACACACACUCCCAUAUGUUCUUGCCCUGCAGACUAUAUGGGAGACCCCUUCACCGCGUGUGUUCCUAAGCCUGUCGUGCAAGAUCCAAUUGUACCAAAAGACCCUUGUCACCCAUCGCCUUGUGGUUCAAAUGCUGUUUGUAAUAACGGCCAGUGUACCUGUCUGCCGGAAUAUCAGGGAAAUCCAUACGUUGGUUGUAGGCCGGAAUGUGUCUUAAAUACAGACUGUCAACGCGAUAGGGCGUGUAUACGCAAUAAAUGCAAAGAUCCUUGCCCUGGAACAUGUGGUAUUGGAGCUUUGUGCGAUACUUACAAUCAUGUACCCAUGUGUCGUUGUCCUCCGGGCAUGACAGGCAAUGCUUUUGUGCAAUGCGUAGCGUUAGAAACUCCCAUUCUUAAAACACCAAAACACCCUUGUCAGCCAUCUCCUUGUGGGCCUAAUUCACAGUGCAGGGAAUUAAACGAGCAAGCUGUUUGCUCUUGUUUGCCAAAUUAUUUGGGAUCUCCUCCGGAUUGCCGUCCUGAGUGUUCUAUAAACUCCGAUUGCCCUCCCAAUUUAGCAUGUGUUAAUCAAAAAUGUCGAGAUCCUUGCCCUGGAUCUUGUGGCAUAAGAGCUGAAUGCAAUGUUGUCAACCAUACGCCUUAUUGCAAAUGUCCGUCAGGUUACACUGGAAAUGCAUUUGUAAUGUGUCAAAUUCUACCGCAACCCCCCGUCAAAAUACAAGAAGAACCAGUCAAUCCUUGCAUACCAUCGCCAUGUGGCCCCAACUCAGAGUGCAAGGUUGAUAGGGGUUCGGCUUCAUGUUCCUGUCUGCCAGAUUACACAGGAUCCCCACCUAAUUGUCGACCUGAAUGCAUAAGUUCAUCGGAAUGCGCAAGUAAUUUAGCUUGUAUUAACAUGAAAUGUCAAGAUCCCUGCCCUGGAGUCUGUGGCAAAUCCGCCGUUUGUCAUGUUGUUAGUCAUACACCCUCGUGCAGUUGCGUAAGCGGUUACAUAGGUGAUCCAUUCACUUUAUGUUAUCCACCACCACAAAUUGAAAGGGAGCAAGUUAAUCCUUGCUCGCCCAGCCCUUGUGGUAGCAAUGCUAAAUGCCGCGAACUUAAUGGAGCUGGAUCAUGCCAAUGCCUGCCUGACUAUUACGGAAAUCCUUAUGAAGGCUGUCGCCCUGAAUGUGUAGUAAAUACAGAUUGUCCAGCUAAUAAAGCUUGUCAAAAUCAGAAAUGUCGCGAUCCUUGUCCCGGAGUUUGUGGUCAAAAUGCCAUGUGUAAUGCCAUCAAUCAUUUGCCAGCCUGUUCAUGUUUCGAUGGCUAUACCGGAGAUCCAUAUAGCUAUUGCAAUAUUAUUAGAGAACCUAUACGUGAGUAUGUCAAUCCUUGUCAACCCUCACCAUGUGGUCCCAAUUCACAGUGUCGCGAAGUGAAUGAGCAAGCAAUAUGCUCUUGUUUACCUGAGUAUGUUGGCUCUUCACCGAAUUGUAGACCAGAGUGUACAGUAAAUUCAGAGUGUCCAGCGAUAAAGGCUUGUGUUAAUCAGAAAUGUCAGGAUCCUUGUGUCAACGUGUGUGGUUUAAAUGCGGAAUGUCGUGUUAUGAAUCACUCUCCCAUUUGUAGAUGUAGUCCCGGUUAUACCGGAGAUGCAUUUACGAGAUGUUCGCCAAUACCUGCAUUACCACCACCACUUAGGGAACCCUACAGGGAUCCGUGUGUACCUUCACCUUGUGGCCAGUAUGCACAAUGUAGAUUGAUUAAUGAUAAUCAGCCUACUUGUAGCUGCCUACCCACAUAUGUUGGUUCACCGCCCAACUGUCGCCCAGAAUGUAUUAUAAAUUCAGAUUGCCCUAAUCAUCAAUCAUGUAUAAAUGAACGUUGUAAAGAUCCCUGUCCCGGUUCAUGUGGUCUUAAUGCAUUAUGUUCGGUUAUUAAUCAUAUACCGUCCUGUAUUUGUCCCGACGGUUAUUCGGGAGAUCCUUUCUCACGAUGUGCUCCUAAGGUCUUAGCUUUACCACCUCCCACGCCAAUAGCCGACGAUCCUUGCCAUCCAUCACCUUGUGGUCCUAACAGCGAAUGCCAGAACGGUAUUUGUUCUUGUCUACCUGAAUACCAAGGAGAUCCAUAUCGCGGUUGUAGACCAGAAUGUAUUUUGAAUUCAGAGUGUUCUCGUGAUAAGGCUUGUAUUAAUCAAAAAUGUCGCGAUCCAUGUCCAGGAACCUGCGCCUCAAAUGCCAUUUGUGAAGUUCAUAAUCAUGUGCCUAUGUGUCAUUGUAGUGAUGAUAUGGAAGGUGAUGCCUUCAUUAUGUGUAGGCCCAAGCAAAAACUUGAAAUACAACAUCAAAAUCCCUGUAUUCCCUCGCCUUGUGGUCCCAACUCUCAUUGUCGCGAAGCAAAUGGUGUAGCGUCAUGUUCUUGUCUGCCAGACAUGUUAGGCUCUCCUCCAUCUUGCCGACCCGAAUGUAUUACAAACUCUGAAUGUCCAUCGAAUAGAGCUUGCAUCAAUAGGAAAUGUCAGGACCCUUGCCCAGGAAGUUGCGGAUAUCAGGCCGUAUGUCACGUUGUCAAUCAUAAUCCAUUGUGUUCUUGUCCCGCUGGUUAUACUGGCAGUCCUUUUGUUGAAUGCCAACCUAUAAUAAUUCCACCCCAACGCGAUAUUGUACCACAAAACCCUUGUAUACCUUCACCAUGCGGACCUUAUUCUCAAUGCGAAAAUGUUCAAGGUGCAGCUUCUUGUAAAUGUUUACCAAAUUACAUUGGAAGCGCUCCAUAUUGUCGUCCAGAAUGUGUGUCAAAUUCGGAAUGCGUUUCAAGUUUGGCCUGUAUUAAUCAGAAAUGUCGAGAUCCUUGCCCUGGAGUGUGUGGUAAUAAUGCUGAGUGUAGAACUGUAAAUCAUAUUGCUAUGUGUACAUGUAUUCCGGGAUACAUAGGUGAUCCCUUCACAAAUUGUCAAGCGGAUGUACCACAAAAACCUUAUGUUCCACCUCGGCCGCCUUCAAUUCCUCAACAACACACACCAUUCCAUGAGCAGAUUAAUCCAUGUGAACCCAAUCCUUGUGGAUCAAAUGCAGAGUGUCGUACACAUAACAAUGCUGGAUCUUGUGUUUGUUUGCCCAACUACUUUGGUAAUCCAUAUGAAGGUUGCAGGCCCGAAUGCGUUUUGAAUUCCGAUUGUCCUUCUACAAAAUCCUGUAUUCAGACAAAAUGUCAAGAUCCUUGUCCGGGUACUUGUGGUCAAAAUGCUUUGUGUCAUGUAACAAAUCAUUUGCCAACAUGUACCUGUUACACCGGGUACUCUGGUGAUCCCUAUAGUAUUUGUCGUCCCAUAAAGCAAAAAGAACCUGUAGUCUAUGUAAAUCCUUGCCAGCCUUCACCGUGCGGUCCUAAUUCUCAGUGUCGCGAAAUAAAUGAACAGGCAGUAUGUUCAUGCUUGCCUGAAUUCGUAGGUUCGCCGCCCGCAUGUAGACCAGAAUGUACAACCAAUAGUGAAUGUUCUUUAGAUAAGGCCUGCAUUAAUAGAAAAUGCGCAGAUCCUUGUCCGGGUACAUGUGGUCUCAAUGCUGAGUGUCGCGUUAUAAAUCAUAUUCCCAUGUGUUCUUGUUUGCCUUCAUUUACUGGUGAUGCUUUCAGUAGAUGUUAUAGUCAACCACCUCCACCACCUGCUCCUACUACUCCACCUACCGCGAUCGUUGCUAUUCAAGAAGAACCCAUUAAUCCUUGUUAUUCGUCACCUUGUGGUCAAUAUGCUCAGUGUCAUAAUCGUAAUGGCGCUGCUAUUUGUGCUUGUCUACCAAAUUAUAUAGGUUCACCUCCGAACUGUCGACCUGAAUGUGUAGUCAACUCCGAUUGCCCAGCUCAUUUAUCAUGUUUCAACGAAAAAUGCCGUGAUCCAUGUCCUGGAUCUUGUGGCUUCAAUGCCCUAUGCAACGUAGUAAAUCAUAUACCAAACUGCGUUUGUGAAGCUGGAAUGAUAGGUGAUCCCUUUACUGGUUGCCAUCCACAACCACCUAUUAUAAAAACAUCACUACCAGAAGUAAACGAUGAAAAUCCUUGUAUUCCUUCUCCUUGCGGUGCAAAUGCAAAAUGUGAAAGAGGUGUUUGUUCCUGUCUACCGGAAUAUCAUGGUGAUCCUUAUGUGGGAUGUAGACCAGAAUGCAUUUUGAACAGCGACUGCCCUAGAGAUCGUGCUUGUAUUAAUCAAAAAUGUCAGGAUCCCUGCCCAGGAACUUGUGGCCAAAAUGCUGAAUGCAAUGUUAUCAAUCACACUCCAAUGUGUUCAUGUCCAGUCGGUAUGACUGGUAAUGCAUUUAUACGUUGUGCAGCAAUAAGAGAACCGAUUAGAGAAGAUUCUCCUAAGCCUCCUCCACAGAACCCUUGCCAGCCAUCACCCUGCGGUCCCAACGCACAAUGUAGACAAAUUAAUCAGCAAGCUGUGUGCAGUUGUAUUACAGGAUAUUUAGGUUCACCGCCUUCAUGCCGACCCGAAUGUACCUCGAAUUACGAUUGUCCGGCCGACAGAUAUUGUUUGAAUCAAAAGUGUAAGGAUGCCUGUGCUGGUGCUUGUGGUGUAACUGCGGUUUGUCACGCCUACAAUCAUGGGCCAAUGUGCUCAUGUCCACCCAGAUACACGGGAAAUCCUUUUGUUAGAUGUUUGCCAAUAGUCGAACCAUUGCCUUCUCCUCCACCUAAAGCUGAUAUACCUACAAAUCCUUGUCAACCUUCGCCUUGUGGUCCAUAUUCGCAGUGCUCUUUAGACCCGUUAGAUAAUUCCGCAAAAUGUUCUUGUUUGCCAGAAUUCGUCGGUCAAGCUCCUUAUUGUCGACCUGAGUGUAUAACUAGUGCCGAAUGUGCUUCAGACAAAGCCUGCAUUAAUCAAAAAUGCAGUGAUCCUUGUCCUGGUUCAUGUGGUGAUCAGGCCGAAUGUCGUGUUUUAGCUCAUAGUGCCAUGUGUUAUUGUCCAAGUGGUUUAACUGGCGAUCCUUUCUCCCAAUGCGUUCGUCAACAAGAACCGCCCACCGAAGUCGUCGUACCAUGCAGUCCCAGCCCAUGUGGCUCCAAUGCUUUGUGUCGUGUUCAUAAUGACUUGAGUAUUUGCCAAUGUUUACCAGACUAUUAUGGUAAUCCUUAUGAGGCAUGCCGUCCUGAAUGUUUACGCAAUUCGGACUGUGCUUCCAAUAAGGCUUGUCAAAAUCAAAAAUGUCGUGAUCCUUGUCCUGGAACAUGUGGUCAUAAUGCUCAAUGUCAAGUCGUUAAUCAUAUACCCAAUUGUGCUUGCUUAGCAGGUUAUCAGGGUGAUCCUUAUAGACAAUGUAUAAAGCAGUUAGAUGAACCCAAACCUCCAGUGUAUGUUAACCCAUGUCAACCCUCGCCCUGCGGAGCUAAUGCCCAAUGUCGCGAAGUCAAUGGACAAGCUGUAUGUUCCUGCUUGCCAGAAUUUGUUGGCUCUCCUCCAGCUUGUCGACCUGAAUGUGUAGUUAGCUCGGAAUGUCCCUCCGAUAAGGCUUGUAUUAAUCAGAAAUGCCAAGAUCCUUGUCCGGGAUCUUGUGGUGUAAAUGCUGAAUGCCAUGUACGAAGUCACAGUCCUCUGUGCUCUUGCAAACCUGGCUAUACUGGAGAAGCAUUCACAAGAUGUCAACUUAUACCGGAACGUAAACAAGAUCAACCACCUGCCGUACCUGUCAAUCCCUGUUUGCCUUCACCUUGCGGACCCUACUCGCAAUGCAGAGAAGUUAAUGGUGCAGCAUCAUGCAGUUGUCUGCCAAACUACAUUGGAGCAGCGCCUAACUGUCGACCGGAAUGUACCAUCAAUGCUGAAUGUGCUAGUAACAUGGCUUGUAUUAAUGAAAAAUGUCGCGAUCCUUGUCCCGGCUCGUGUGGCUUUGAUGCUAUGUGUAAUGUAAUUAAUCACACACCAAGCUGUUCAUGUCCUGUAGGCUACACUGGUGAUCCAUUUACUAGCUGUAGAAUUUUGCCUCCUUCACCACCACCAAAACCUAAAGACCCUGUAGACCCAUGCAAUCCUUCACCUUGCGGCUCAAAUUCAGUUUGCCACAAUGGCCAAUGUUCAUGUUUGCCUGAAUAUCAUGGUGAUCCCUAUAUUGGCUGUCGUCCAGAAUGUGUGCUCAAUUCAGAUUGUGCUCGCAAUCGGGCUUGUGUACGUAAUAAAUGUGUUGAUCCUUGUCCCGGAACAUGUGGUCGCAAUGCCUUGUGCGAGGUUAACAAUCACAUAGCAAUGUGUCGCUGCCCGGAACGCAUGACAGGAAAUGCAUUUGUUUCGUGCGAACCCAUACGCGAUGAAAUACCUAAGAAUCCUUGUCAGCCCUCACCUUGUGGUCCCAACUCGCAGUGCUUAGAACGUAAUGGAAAUGCAAUAUGUUCUUGCAUCACCGGUUUCUUGGGUAAUCCUCCAAAUUGUCGUUUGGAAUGUUAUUCCAGUUCAGACUGUUCACCGGUACAUGCCUGUAUCAACAACAAAUGUGUAGAUCCUUGUCCGGGUAAAUGUGGUUUGAAUGCCGAAUGUCAAGCCGUACAGCAUAGGGCACACUGCGAAUGUUUAAGAGGUUUCGAAGGAAAUCCUUACUCAGCCUGCAACAGAAUAGAAAUACGUCAUGAACCUCCAGCCAAACCAAAAGAUCCUUGUUAUCCUUCACCGUGUGGCCCCAAUUCUCAGUGUUCUAAUGUCAAUGAUCAAGCCAGAUGUACUUGCUUAGCUGACUUUGUAGGUGCGCCACCAAACUGUCGACCCGAGUGCACCAGUAAUGACGAUUGUAGCAACACUUUGGCAUGUAUAAAUCAAAAAUGUCGUGAUCCUUGCCCCGGUUCUUGCGGCUUUAAUGCCAAUUGUAUUGUAACACUACACAUACCUAACUGUCAUUGUCCUAAUGGUAUGACUGGCGAUCCUUUCCGUAUGUGCUACGAACGUAAAGAAAUUUUACCUCCUAAACAUGAGGAACCAAAGAAUCCUUGCCGUCCUUCACCUUGUGGUAGCAAUGCAGAAUGCCGCAUUCGCGGUUCAGGCUUUACAUGUGAGUGUGUCAAUGACUAUAUUGGAAAUCCUUACGAAGGAUGUCGUCCCGAAUGUGUGGGCAACUCUGAAUGUCCCGCCAAUCGUGCUUGUAUACGUCAGAAGUGUGCCGAUCCAUGCCCGGGCACUUGUGGUACUGAAGCUGUUUGUUCGAUCAACAAUCAUAUACCGAUUUGCUCAUGUCCUCCUGGCUACACUGGCAAUGCUUUCGUACAAUGCUCACCUAUUAAGGUCGAGAACAUACCGGUGGAAAAAACAGAUCCUUGCUAUCCAACACCAUGUGGCCAAAACACUAUUUGCAAGGUGCAACGUGGCCAAGCUGUAUGCGAAUGCCUGCCUGGUUUCUUCGGUAACCCGUAUGGACAAGAAUGCAGACCAGAAUGUACGCUCAGCUCAGAUUGUGCCAAGAAUAAGGCUUGUGUCAAUAAUAAAUGUAUAGAUCCUUGCCCAGGAGUAUGCGGCUAUGGAGCUGUAUGUCAAACUGUAAAUCACAAUCCAAUUUGUAGCUGUCCCUCGACAAUGGUGGGUAAUCCAUUUGUUGAAUGCCACGAAGCACCCAAGCAAUUGGAACCUGUCGAUCCAUGCAACCCUUCACCUUGUCGGUCGAAUGGUAUUUGUCGCGUCGUUAAUGGUGUUGCCUCAUGUUCAUAUCCAGAAUGUGUCGUUAAUGAAGACUGCUCAAGAGAUAGGUCUUGUGUUAACCAAAAAUGUCGCGACCCUUGCAUUAAUGCUUGUGGCCUUAAUGCUAUUUGUAAUGCGAUUAAUCAUAAGGCUAUCUGUACCUGUCCACCUGGUUACUAUGGCUCUGCCUACAGUCAGUGCUUGCAGCAAAUGGAUGUGGUACCAGUACCUAGACCAGAAUGUACAUCUGACAGCGAUUGUAGUAACGAUAAGGCUUGUGUCAAUCAACAAUGUAAGAACCCUUGUGAACUGGGUAAUAUCUGCGGUCAAAAUGCACGCUGCCAUGUUCAACUUCACAGACCAUUAUGUGUAUGCAAUGAAGGAUUCACUGGAAAUGCCCUUAACAACUGUUACUUGAUUGGUUGUCGCUCUGAUGAUGAAUGUCCUGCAACUGAGGCCUGUAUCAACAAACAAUGUACAGACCCUUGCCUAUACACUCAGUGUGGUGCUCAAGCUGUCUGCCGUUCAGAUUACAAUCAUAAAGCUAGAUGCCACUGUCCCGAUGGUUAUCGUGGAAAUCCUCUUGUACGCUGCGAACGUCCUGAAUGUACUCGCGAUGAUGAUUGUGCCUUCAACUUGGCCUGUCGCAAUGAACGCUGCGAAGAUCCUUGCAAUUGCGGAAUAGGAGCCCAAUGUCGCGUCAAUAACCAUCAAGCACAGUGCAGAUGUCCACCCGGCUAUGUAGGUAACCCAGCAGUGCGCUGUGAAAUCGAAGAAACAAAGGUUGCUCCUCAAUGUACAAUGGAUUCAGAUUGUAGCAGUAAACUGGCAUGCUUUAGUGGUGAAUGCAAAAACCCCUGUAUUGUAACUAAACCUUGUGGAUCGAACGCCAUAUGUUCUGUAGUCGACACCUUACCUCUAAGGACAAUGAUUUGUGAAUGUGAACCCGGUUUUGUGGGUGACGCUGAUGUUGGCUGUCGCAAAGAACCUGUUCGUGAUCAAGGUUGCCAAUCCAAUGAACAAUGUCCUUCUACAGAGGCUUGUCGCAAUGGUAACUGUGUCAAUCCUUGCAUUGACGCUUCACCUUGCGCUCGUACUGCCGAAUGUUUGGCUCAACAGCACCGAGCUGUCUGCACAUGUCCUCAGGGUACUCAAGGAGAUCCAUUCACUAACUGCUAUCAACCUACUAAUGUUUUGGCUGGUUGUGCACAUGACUCGGAAUGCUCUCCCACAACAGCUUGUAUUAACAAACGUUGCCAGGAUCCAUGUGCCGAAGGUAAUCCAUGUGCUGGAAACGCUGAAUGUAGAGUUUCGAAUAACCGUCCCAUUUGCUCAUGCCCAUCUGGCUGGGGUGGUGAUCCACAAGUUCAAUGUUUCAAACCCGAGUGUAAAAUUAAUGCGGAUUGUCCUUAUGACAAGGCUUGUAUCAAUGAAAACUGUGUCAACCCUUGCACCUACGGCAAUGUUCGCUGCGGCAUUAAUGCUAUGUGUGAACCACAAAAUCAUCAAGCUGUAUGUGUUUGUCCAGCUGGCACUCAAGGCAAUCCUUUCGUAUCCUGCAUAACCGGACACUGUCAAUACAACGAAGAUUGUGCUGAUCAUGAGGCCUGCGAUAGAUUAAAUCGCGUUUGCCGUCCUGUUUGUGAUGAAGACACAUGUGCCGUCAACGCUAUUUGCUUAGCUAGACAUCAUCAACCUCAGUGUCAAUGUCGCUCUGGAUACACAGGAAAUCCUUACCAGGACUGUGUACUACCAAAACAACCACCAGCUGUGAAACCAAAACCAGAAUGUACGCAAGAUGCUGAUUGCCCAACACAAUUGGCUUGCAUCAACCAGAGAUGUUCAAAUCCAUGUGCAACACCACAUGUCUGUACACCACAACAAACCUGCACUGUCUUAGAUACUUUACCGCUUCGCACCAUGAUUUGUAAAUGUCCCAGUGACACCAUAACUGAUACCUCGGGCAAUUGCGUAGCUAUAAGACAUGACGUUGUUGCUGGUUGCCAGAAUAAUCAAGAAUGUGCUAAUACUGAAGUAUGUCAAAGAGGUUCGUGCAUUGAUGCCUGCCGCUUGGAAAGAUGUGGCGUUAAUGCCCAGUGUUUGUCUAGAGACCACUAUGCUCAGUGUACUUGUCCAAAGGGUUAUACCGGUAAUCCACGUGUCGAGUGUAGAUUUGUGGCCAUAGAGCAACCUAAAAUACCUACAGCUGAAUGUAUAAAUAACGAUGAUUGUCCCAAUGACAAGACAUGUCGCAAUGAGCGUUGCGUUAACCCUUGCGCUGAAGAACCCUGCGGACGUGGAGCUUAUUGCCAUGUCCAACACAGAGAAGCAGUUUGUCGCUGUCCACCUGGAUAUUCCGGUGAUGCCAGACAAGUCUGCAUACCACCUCGUGACGUCAUUACUGUUGGCUGCAAAUCCAAUUCGGAUUGUCAACUAACGGAGUCUUGUGUCAAUGACCAAUGUGUAAAUCCUUGCAAUUGUGGUCCCAAUGCCGAGUGUCAAGUACGCAACCAUCAUCCUAUUUGCUACUGUAAACCUGGUUUCUCUGGUAAUGCCCAGUAUGGCUGCAUUCAAAUCGGAUGCCAAUCGGACGAUGAAUGUUCUACAGAUCAACAAUGUGUUAACCGAGAAUGUGUGAAUCCUUGUUUGAUUAGCGAUCCUUGUGCUUUGAAUGCUGAAUGUUAUGGUCGCAACCACAGAGCUACCUGCCGUUGCCCAGUUGGUAUGCAAGGCGAUCCAUUCGUUCGUUGUAUUCGCGUGGAAUGUAAUUCAGAUUACGAUUGUGCCUCAAAUCAAGCCUGUGUCAACAACUUGUGUAUUAAUCCUUGUCGCGACCAGGAUAAUCCUUGUGCCCAAAAUGCUUUAUGCCAAGCUUUACAACAUCGUGCCGUUUGCAGAUGUCCUGACCAUUUACCUUUAGGUAAUCCUUAUGCUUAUUGUGAGCGCCGACAAGAGGAACCCGUUUGCCGAGAUGAUGGCGAUUGUCCUAGUGGCCUGGCCUGUAUUGAUGUCAAAUGCCAGAAUCCUUGUACGGAAUUAUCACCAUGCGCUCCUUCUGCUAAAUGUAGCGUUUUGGACAGCGUUCCUGUGCGCACCAUGGUAUGUGAAUGCCCAUCAUCAUAUGUUCCUGAUGCCAGAGGUGAAUGCAAACAAUUGGUAUUACAAAGUCCUGGAUGUGUAGCGGAUUCCGACUGCUCUGACCAAGAGGCCUGCAUCAACAGACAAUGUCGCAAUCCUUGCAACUGCGGAACGAAUGCAGUGUGCCAAAUAUCCAAUCACCGUGCCAUUUGCUCUUGUCAAGAUGGCUUCGAAGGCAAUCCAUACACUUCCUGUAGAUCUAUUGGCUGUCGUGUCGACAGUGAAUGCGACUCCGGCAAGGCUUGUGUUAACAACAAUUGUAUUAAUCCUUGUUUGGUAAAUGAUCCUUGCGGUAUUAAUGCUGAGUGUUAUGUACAAUCCAACAGAGCUCAAUGCAGAUGUAAGAGUGGUUAUAGAGGCAAUGCUUACGAAAGAUGCCGUGUAAUUGGUUGUCAAUCGAAUAACGAUUGUCCUUCCGAUAAAUUCUGUAUGAACGAACAAUGUGUUAAUCCUUGUGUCUAUCAAAAUACAUGCUCUUCCAGAGCUGAAUGUAGACCUCAAAAUCACUUAGCUGUAUGCCGCUGUCCUGCAGGAUUCUUGGGUAAUCCUUAUGUGGACUGUAGACCGGAACCACAACCCACAUGUCGUCUAGAUACGGAUUGUCCUUCUCGCUUGGCUUGCAUUAAUGACGAAUGUGUAGAUCCUUGCUUAGUUUUGGAACCUUGCAACAGACCAUCUCAAUGCGUGGUAACACCAACAUCACCAGUCAGAACAAUGAUUUGUGUAUGUCCCGAUGGUUACAUAAGUAGUGGCAGUGGUACUUGCAAACCUACAAAAACGGUCAUUGAAGUAGGUGGUUGCGUUGCUGACUCAGAUUGUCCUGCUGACAAGUCUUGUCUAAAUGGUGUAUGUCGCGAUCCUUGCAAUUGUGGUAUCAACGCCGAAUGCCGCAUUAAAGAUCACAAACCUGUUUGCACAUGUCGUCAAGGCUACGAAGGCAAUCCAGAAUUCGAAUGCUCAAAGGUGGAAUGUUCUAUCAAUUCAGAUUGUCCUUCCACACACACUUGCCGCAAUCAAUUAUGUGUACCAGCUUGUCAAGGUGAACAGUGUGGUGUAAACGCUCAGUGCUUGGCCGUCGAUCAUCGCGCCGUAUGUGAAUGUAUACCAGGCUUUAGAGGAAACGCUCGUGUAUCCUGUAAAACUUUGGGUUGUCGCGUCGAUGAUGAAUGUCCCACUAGCAAGGCUUGUGUCAACGGUAAAUGUGAAAAUCCAUGUGAUACUACGGCAGCCUGUGCUAUUGACGAAGUUUGCAAAGUAUACCAACAUAAGCCGCAAUGUGCUUGUCCACCUAACACAAUAGCCCGACGCAACGGUUGCGAACCUGUACGUGAUAUACCCAUUUGCCAAUAUGAUGGCGAUUGUCCAAGUCAAACAGCUUGUAUUCGCGGUGAAUGUAUCAAUCCUUGCAAUGCCACCCAGCCUUGCGGAGUCAAUGCUGAAUGUCGUGUUUUAGAUACGGUUCCCGUUAGAACCAUGAUCUGUGAAUGCUUGGAAGGUUAUACCGGAAAUGCUGCUGUCCAGUGUGAUAAACGUUCAUUGUGUGUUAUUGAAAAGGGCUUUGUACGUGACAUAGACGGCCAAUGUGUAUGCCCUCCAGGCACUGCUCUCGAUGUCUAUGAAUACUGUACUCCCUGCUCGCCGCAACAAGGCUUUAAGAUCGACGAGUCCGGCCAUUGCGUUUGUGCUUUGGAAAGAGGUUUUGUUAUAGACGAGAGAGGACGCUGUAUUUGCCCUACCGAUCAUGGCUAUCGCCUAACAAAUAGUGGCGAAUGUAUACCCGAAGACAAUCCCGAAUGUAACACCAAUGAUGACUGUGCCGACAACCGCUACUGUAACACAGAAACCAAAACAUGUGAAGACCCAUGUUUGCUUAAGACUUGUGGCAUUAAUGCUUUCUGUAACGCCAUAAACCAUCGCGCCCAAUGUCAGUGCAUUACCGGCUACACUGGCAACCCAGACACGAUAUGUAAUCACACCAACUUCCGUACAGACUUCCCAAGACCAGAUAUGGUAGUCAGCUGUUUAGCUGAUGGCGUUCAGGUGGAAAUACACAUUACCGAACCUGGCUUCAAUGGUGUGCUCUACGUUAAGGGUCACAGCAAGGAUGAAGAAUGUCGUCGUGUUGUCAACUUGGCUGGCGAAACAGUACCACGCACCGAAAUAUUCCGUGUACACUUUGGCAGCUGUGGCAUGCAAGCCGUUAAGGAUAUUGCCAGCUUCGUGUUGGUCAUACAGAAACAUCCUAAACUGGUGACUUACAAGGCUCAAGCUUAUAACAUCAAGUGUGUCUAUCAAACAGGCGAAAAGAAUGUGACCUUAGGAUUUAAUGUAUCCAUGUUGACAACAGCCGGCACUAUUGCAAAUACCGGUCCACCACCUAUUUGUCAAAUGAGAAUCAUAACACACGAGGGCGAAGAAAUUAACUCGGCUGAAAUUGGUGAUAACCUUAAAUUACAAGUUGAUGUUGAACCAGCCACUAUUUAUGGAGGCUUUGCACGCUCAUGUAUUGCCAAGACCAUGGAGGAUAAUAUUGAAAACGAGUAUAUAGUCACAGAUGAAAACGGUUGUGCCACUGAUCCUUCCAUUUUCGGUGAAUGGGAAUAUAAUCCAGAUACUAAUAGCUUGUUGGCCAACUUCAAUGCCUUCAAAUUCCCCUCAUCCGACAAUAUACGCUUCCAAUGUAAUAUAAGAGUUUGCUUCGGCAAAUGUCAACCCGUUAAUUGCCGUGGCUACAAUGCUUUCGGUCGCCGAAGACGUCGUGCUAUUGCUGACAAUUCUACCGAUGAUGCCACCGCUAUAGCUACCAACACGGGUAUGGAAGGACAGUUAAGAGAAGAAAUAACCAUCUCGUCCAAUGCCAUAUUGACAUUUGAAAAGAGAACAACAACGGGAGCUAAUGAUGCCAAUAUUAAACCGGCCGCUCAAAGAGUGGAAGAUAUUUGUGUAUCUAUGGUGGGUCUUAUCAUAGCUUUGGUUAUAACUGCCCUAUUGGCAUUGGUUGCUGUGGCCGUGGCUGUAUCCUGCUGGCUAAUGGCCUAUCGCAGAAGACCCAAGACCUUAGCGCCUUUGCCCCAUCCACCAGAGUUCCCCAAUCCCUUGUUUACCAACCCCGAAGCAGUGCCAGAACCCACACCAGACUACUUAUCGUAAGAUAUAAAAACCUAUAUGUGAAAAUUUUAAAAUUAAAAGACAAAAAAAACCUAGAAAUUUAAGAAUAUUAAAAAAAUUUAAGAAUUGUAAAAAAUACCAAGUGCAAAAAGGUUUCAAACAAAUUUAUAAAAAAAAAUGACUUAAACGAAAAACCUUUAAGGUUUAAAAACACGGAUAAAGAAAAACAAAAGUAUUUUAAAAAUCAACUAAAAAAGUAAAUGAAACUAAAAUAAUUUUUGUAUAAAAUUUUUGGAAAUUUAAACAUUUUUAUUUAAUAAUCUAAGGAAAUAUUUUUAGUAUAUAAAUAUAGAAUUCUUAAAAAAAAAACUAACAUGAGAAUUUCAAAUAGUUUUUGCACAAAACGUAAAAGUAACAGCGUUUCUUUAAUUGUAUAGUAUUUAAAAAAAAAAACAAAACAAAUUUUAAUUUAUAAUAAAAGUAGUUUAAUUUUCAACUGAAAAAAAAAUAAUUUAAAAAACGAAACAAAACUGCCAAAGUUAAAUAACCAACACUGCUUAUAAGUUACAAAUAUAUAAAGAAUGAAAAAGGGCACAAAGUUUAAGAAACGCUGUUUACUUUAAAAACACUCUAGCCACACUCAACACACAUAAACACAUGUACGUUUAAGAAAAACUAUUCUGAAAUUCUCGUACUAACGACAACUUCUUCAUUAGUCAAGUUUUCUUUAGUUUUGCUUAAUUUUUUUUUUUGUUUUGUUUCUAUUAUUGCAUUAUUAAAUAUUUAGAACUAGAAUUGCCCCCUGGAUAAUGGGGGUAAUACAGUUUACUUUUGUAUAUAGCACAGGAUUUAGACAAGCACACAUACAUAGAUAUCUAGAGAAACACACACUUCAACACAUACUUUUACAGCGGUAGAAUAAUGCUGAAAACAAACUUUUUUUAAACUGCCAAUUAAACAAUGCAUAUAUUUGGAAAAUACUCCUAAUAACUCCUUCUCCCCUUUGUUUUAGUCCCUAUUUUUUUAUAACCAGAAUAUAUAAUGAAAGCUAUAGCCAUUUUCAUAUGGUAUAACUGCUAAGAGAUUUUGUCAAAAAGAUUUUCUAAUUAUGUUUUUCUAAAUUCUUUUUUAAGAGAAUUUUUUAAAAAACUAAAAAAUUUGUUUUUGAUAUUUAGAUUCAGCCAUCUUCCAAACGAAAUUUUCCAAAAACAAAAAGGUACUUCACACUUUUAAAACACACCAAAACACACACACACUGAUUUCAAAGAAAAUCCUUAAACAAAAUCUUCUGCCUCGAAAGGAACUGGUUAAGAAAAACUGCAAAUUUACUUUUUUUACAAUUUAUUUAUAAUAAUUUUUAAGGUUAUGUAAAUUAUUUUUUUUUUAUAUAAAUGACUAAUGGAGGAUUUGAUAUAUUAAUAUUUUUUUUAAUUAACUUAAUAAAUAGUUGUUUUAUUUAAAGAUUUCCCUGAAAAUAAAAGCAACAAAAAUAACUUGUUUUGCUAAAUAAUAAUUUUAUGCUUUAAAUAUAUAUAAAAGAUGUUUAACAUUUUGAUCAGGAAAACAUUCCAAUGUCUUCCUAUUUUCUACUUUAACUCAAAAUAAAGUCCCACACAUGAUCAAAAUGUUUUAAAUUAAAAAAAAAAAUGUGAUUUUUAAAAAGCAUAUUAACAUAAAAUAUACGAAAAUUACAAAAUUGGCUUCCACUAUUUUUCAAAAAUUUUAAGCAAAAUUUCGAUCAAUUUAAGGAAAAACUAAUUUAUUAAAUUAAUAAUUUUUCUUAAAGCAGCGAAACUUUAUAAAAAAAAGAUAAAAUUAUUAAGUUUUAUAAAGUAGAUUUUUCCUUAAAUUUUCUAAAAAUUUUGCAAAAUUUCCAAAACAUUUAAGAAAUAAAAAAACCCCCUAAAAAAAAACUAAAAACUUAAAAACACACAAUGUAUAGUCACUAUUUUAAGUCAAUUUCCUAAUAUAAUUUUUAAAAAGAAAAAAUUUAAACAAAAAAAAAUAAACAAUAUUUAAUUAUAGGAACCACGAACGACUAAAACGUUAUUUCUAAAUAAUUAAAAAAAAAUUCUUUAAUUAUUUUUCGUUUUUUUGUUUAACUCAACUAUAGUUGUAAAUACUAGUUUUUAUUCAGAAAAACGUUUUAGAAAAAAAAAAAUAAAAAUAAAAUGCAAAUUUUAUAUUUAAUAAAUAAGUUUAUUUAUCUCUUUAUCUAUCUUAUUUUGUAUAUUAAACCAUAUUCCUAUAUUGUUUUUAACAAUUCAAGUUUUUUUAUUUUAUUUUCUAAUUUACUAAUAAAUAUACUCCCCCCCCCCCCCCCCCUAUAGUUUCGUCUGCCAGGGCUUUUGUUUAAAUUAAAAAAAAAAUAUUUUCUUAAAAAAGUCUCAAUUUAAAAAAAAAAAAA